GCCCCUCACCGGGGGCGCCUCUCGCGCGCAGCUUUCCUCCUCCUGCCUCUCAGGGAGGCGGGCAAUCGCGCGCGGGCGCAGAGAGCGUCGCACGUGGGCGGUUCGCCCGUGGUUCCUCCUUCCUUCUCCCCCCUCGCCCACCCCGCAGCAGGCUCGGCCUAAGGGGGCAGGUGGCUCCUUGCGCGCGCCGUCCCCGCUCCCUCCCUCCCUCCCUCUGCUCGCUGGGCGGCGUGUGCCUUUAAAUUGCUUUCGCGGGAGCUGCCGCCUGCUCAGUCUCAUCUGUGAUGUAAGAAGAGACUUUUAGGUGUCUGCGCCGAUCGCCUGACUUUCUUUUCUUCUUUCCCCCCUUCCCUCCUGCCGCCGGUUCUCCCGCUCGCUCUCUGCGCCGCUGUCCUUGGCCGCCCUGCUGCUGAGGCGGAUUUGCAAAGCCGCCGCCGCCGCUGGGUCCAGCCCGCCCGGAGCUGCGCUGUCUUGGGCGCAGAGGGCGCGCGACUGCCCGGCUCCUAGCUCAGCCGCCGCGGGUGCGCAGGCAUGGAGGAGCAGCCGGAGUGCAGGGUGCUCUCCAUCCAGAGCCAUGUCGUGCGCGGCUACGUGGGCAACAAGGCGGCCACUUUCCCCCUGCAGGUAGGUGCGCGGGUGUGCGUGUGCAUGUGUGCGUGCGUGUCAGAGAAGAGACAGGGCAAGCCGGAGGGACACAACCGAGCAGGCGGCGGCGGCGGCAGGUGGCUCCUCCUGCCGUCUCCAAGGCUGCCUGAGGCGCGCAGCCCGGGAAAGCAAAUACCGGCGAGGUUGUGGCUCCAGCGUCCGCGGAGGGCGCCUAGGACACUCGUCGGGCGGCCUGGCUGGAGGCAGAGACUUGCCUUUCCCAGUCCAGAGGGAGCAGUGGGGCUUAGGCGUGUAGUGAUUCUUUCCCGCUCCACCUCGCUCUCUCUAGGCGAGGCUCUGCCAAGGAAGCCCCUCCUGACACAAGCCACAGCCUGUGCAUCAGGAGAGGAGGAGGGAGAGGGCGGAGAAAGCGUCCCUUCUUCGGGGAUGGGGUGUUUUGGGGGAGGAAGGGAGAGACUGUACUGUACUCUCUCUCUCUCUCUCUCUCUCUCUCUCUCUCUCUGUGUGUGUGUGUGUGUGUGUGUACACACAUACAGACACACACACACACACAUAUACAUAUAUAUAUAUAUAUAUAUAUAUAUAUAUAUAUAUAUAUUAUAUUUUAAAGAGCGGCUGCCUUCAGGCAAGUUCCUAACCGCAGCAGCGCCUGCCAAGUAGGGCGAGGGUCAAAGAAAUAUGCCGAGAGAAAAACAAAACGAAGACGUGUCAGAUUCUAAGCUCUGGGGAACGAUGGCAAGUGUCAGCGGUGGCGAGGUUGCUUGGCCGUGACACGUCCUUCCCAUUAAAAAAAAAAUGUUUUCAUUUGGGUAUCUUAAAAGGCUUUCCAGGGUCGGUCCUGCAGCUCCCCUGAACGCAAUGAGUGAUCCUUCAAAGAGCCACUGCUUUAAAAACACAGAAUCAAGUAUGUUAAAAUUCCGAAUCUGGCUCUUUUCCUUCAGUUGUUGGUGGCUUGUCUAUGUUAACAGGCCCUUUUUUUGGUGUUGCUGAUUUUCAUGGUAUAUUCAUAAGGUGCUGACCAGUAUUACUACAUAGCACCAACAGGAAUGCAAAGUAUGUAGAAACAACAACAACUGUACUGUUAACAGUGGUUGUUUAGGCAAUGUUUUAAUGACAGUUAGAUUUCGUUGAGGGACACCUUGUUUCCAGGUAGAGCUCUGGAUUUUUUGGGACUUACAGUGCUGUCCAGCAUGUUUUGGAAUGUAGCUUCAAACCAUUUUUCAAAUGCUGCAUAAUUACGCUUCCUAAAAUAGCUGUGAUAAAAUGCAGUAUUUCUGGCUGUCAUGUGAUUCCCAAAGAAUCAGAAAAGAAUGGUCACUUCAUAAGAAAUGUUACACACAGCUAAUUGAUUUUUGCACUGCAUCAAGCAUAUUGCACAGGCAGCAACAGACAUAAAUAAUGAGUAACCUCACCAUGCAGUACUGUAAGAUGAGUAACCUGUUCCCAAAAGAAUUUGUCCAGCUGAGCACAGGUCAGUAGGUUCAUCACACACAGAGAGUUCAAAGCUAAAGCAGAUACUAGGGUUGGAUUUUUGGAUUAUAUAGCUGCCAUUGUCCCAGACUACUUGUGCUAACAAAGGAUAAACUUCUUUUUUUGUAGUAUCUCCAUUUCCCAAUAUAUGAAAUUGCCAUUUAAAUACAUUUGCAGUGCAAGUCUGUACAUGUUUAUUCAGAAGUAAGCCAUAGUGUGUUCAAUGGGGUAUUCUCCCAGAUAAAUAUGGUUAGGAUUGUAGCCUUAAAAAACCCAAAGAACUUUUAGAUUUUUCACCAAAGGACCUUGAGCAUUGCUUGAUAUAAAAUGCUUCUCUGUAAAAUUUGAUAUAGCCAGUUGAUGCCAUUUAUAAGUACAAUCACUUGCCGUCAUUUGUUUACAGCUACUGCUUCAACUGUAGCAGACGUACAAAAAGAAACAAGCUACCACUGCAAAUUUCAGUGUGAAAAAAUAUAUAUCCUAAGAGUUAUCCCAAAUCACUAUCUUUUAUCUUGCCUUCAGCAUAUAUACUUGCCAUUGUCUCAGUCCACCUGUUGAAUUAAGCUUCUGACUAUGAUAGCAAAAAAGCACUAGAUUGUCUUUGUGGUGCUUUAAGCACCUUCUCUCAUUUUAUGGCUGCAAACCCAUAGAACUGUUCUUUUGGAAUUCAUCCUAGGCUAGGAACCUGAUGAAACAUCACCAGCAGAAAGUUGCCAUGGUGAAGAUUAAGCAUUUUAUUAGCCACUGUAAGCCUAUGAAGGGAUUAUUUUAAAUUUUUAAGUACCCUAGAAAUGCUGUGAAAUGCAAUUCAGUGUGCUGGUGUCUGUCCUCCCAAGUUGUGUCUGUAUUAGCUGAACAAAAAAAGAGAUCUAAAUGUGCAUCUGCCUCUUCACUUUUAACAAGGUUUUAAAAUGGCUCAGGUGUGGAAGGUAAAUAUUAUGCGGGGGAGGGAACCAUAGCUUGAUGUAUAAAACAGGCACCAUACGCAGAAGGUCCCAGAUUGAGUCCCUGGGAUUUCCACUUGAAAGGCGAUUAUUUAAAAUAUGGGGUUUUCAGUUGGUAGGUUGGGACACAAUAUUGAAUCACAGCCUAAUCCAAGGUGGAUUGUAGCAGCAGCACUAGCAAUUUCCAUAUAUCUAUAUCUAUAUAUAUUUCCAUAGAUAGAUAGAUAGAUAGAUAGAUAGAUGGUAAAAGAAUUAAGAAGUGGGUCCCCAAAUGCAUGUUAAAAGUGAGUCACAGGUUUUGGAAAGGUUGAAGAUGUAAGGAAGAGUCAUUGUCAGAGUAGAGACAACAGUGGGCUAGGUGGACAAAUCAUCUGACCUACUAUAAGGCAGAUUUCUAUGUUCCUUUGUUACUGGUCAUUGGUAAAUAAUUGCUCUGGCCCUUCUUGCAAGCAUAGAGCAUAAUGUGCUUGCACUUGUGAUGGAAGUGCAGGGUUGGAAAGAGGGCUUCACGUUUUUCCAGAAACAGCAAGUUGUGGUUUGUGACUUCUGGUUUAUGCACAAGCUUCACUUUUUGCCUGGUACUCAGCAUUGUCAACUCUGAUUAGCAGUCAAAAGCAGCACCAACCUACUGGUCAAAAUAUGUCCAACAACCCCUUUUGCUUUUCUCUGCCAAUCACUGUAGUGCUUGAGCAUUUGAAAGACCAAUGAUAAUAUCUCUUCCCACAUUUACUGUAAGGAAAUUAGUUUGGGGGAGGUGUAGAAAUACAGGCCAACUGAGGCAAAUUUCAAAUAUGCUGCGCACUUACAAGGAAGGAACUGCUAUUGAAUCCUGUCAGAAUCAACCAGAAAUACCCCCCUCCCCAGAUUAUGUGUGCGGAACCUAGCAAUGCUGUUGCUUGUGUUUCAUUGCCAAAGCUAAGAGCUAUUUAGGGUUGAUCCACACAUUGAGAAGCAUCUCAUUGUACAUCCUCCUGGGAUGGUAUGACUUCAAAUGCAGGUGGAGGAUUGCAUGAUGAAAUGUUACCCUCAGGCUAAAACCUCAUUCUGUCGACAGCUAGCAUGUCAGGGAGAAGGGUUUUGAUAUUUUCUUAUAUGCUUUCUCUGCCUGUGAUUUCUGAGUAUUGCCAUUGAUAUAUCACCAAAUUAAUAUCAGCAUUUUGUUAGGAAUUGUGCUAUUAUUUGUGAACUAAAGUAAACCAGGAUCAGAGAGUCUGUAAAGGAAGUGCUGGGACUCUUAAGAGGCCAGGGAGCUAAGGGAGCAAAGUCUACUUUCUAUGUGAUGAAUUUCUUGCAUUGUCACUACAGAGAAUGACAGCCAUGCUUAAGCAGUUAUUUAGAGGAUGUUAUAAGAAUUGUAAGGUCUCAAAGAUAGAAUAAAUAUUCAUAAAUGCACACAUAUCUAAAUAUAUGAACAAUGGGUCUGAAAUAGUAUGGGAAGGCAAUCCUGAAGCCAUUUUGACUCUCCCAAUGACCUCAAAUAUUCCUCUGCAGUAAGGGAGGCAAAUGGGGAAAGUCUUCCCAUUGUCUUUUUGCUUGCAAAUCCUGUCUUUAAAGGCAUAUUUGUGUAUGAAUAGGGUGAGCCUGUGACCUGGAUUCAGGAGCUAAAGUAUUAACCAUCACAAAAGAAUGUCCAGACUGCCCAGGUAAUGCAAUCAGUGACCAUUAUCAAGUCUCCUGGUAGACAGGAGUUCUGCUGUAGACCGCCUCCUUCUGUGAUGUAUUUAUGAUGUUUUAGGGGGGUGGUAUUGGGCUACAGGGUGGGCAGUUUCAAAAGUCUAUAUAAGGGUUUGUUCAGGGUUCUCCUCCCUCCUGUAUGUGGUGAGUGGGGACCCUAUUGCAACAAUUCCUUUAAUAAAGAUCAGGCUUACUAGCCACUUUGCUUUUCAGUUUACUCUGGUUGGCCUCUGUUAUUUUUCCUACCAAUAGAGAACCCACUUAAGGUCUCUAUACGUGCUCUUGGAUACCCCAUAAGGGAAAAGGAGCAGGUUUUCUUAAAACAAGGAUACUUAAAACAAGCUGAGACACUGUGAAUAGAUGGAAUGUACCAAACUAUUUGGAAGAAACCCGCAUGAACCUGCACAUGCAGUCAGAUUAACAGCAGAAGCCCUGCAGUGUGUCCCUUGGCAGGAGGGAGCACAAGGCAGGGCUUUUUCAGUUGUAGCAGCGACCCAUACAGUGCCUUUUUGCAGAGGAGUCUGCAUAGCUCCUUUACAACUUCACAAGCAGUGAAGACUUGACUUUUUCAAUAGGCAUUUGGGCUGAGUUAAACUAAUUCUGGAUUGUUUUGCUCUCUCUAUAUAUAUUUUGCUUCCAGCAAGUUGUUGUCUGAGUUCUGUUUUGUGAGGUUGGAGGAGGUUUUGGGGGUGGGGGUGGGGGUGACGGCUGCUUUUACUUUCUGAUUAUAUUUUUUGUUGGUGUAGUUAGCCUCCUUGAGGGUCUUUCAGCUGAAAACUGGAGCAGAAAUGUUUUAAUGAAUACAUAAAGGGUGAAGUUUGUUGAUGUGAAAAAGGCCACAGCUUUUCAGAGCCACUGAAAAGUAACAAUAAUACAUAAAAAUGGAGCAGAAAUAUGAGUGAAAUUAAAACACUUUAUGAAUAAACACAUCAACUAAAAGGUGUGACAAAAUUUGUCUACCACCAAAAAGACAUCAUACUGGGGGCAAGGUGAGCCACUCCCCUUGGAGGAGAGUGCCAUGGUUUGGGUCACCAGAACUGAAAAGAUCAUCUCUUGGGUCUCCCUCCCAUCUGUGUUCUGAAAGUGAGCAUGGUCAAAGAAAGGCCUCCAAGGAACAUCUUAAUGGCUGGAUAUAUUUGUUUGGCUGGAUAGGUUCAGGUGGUUGUUAAAGCAGCCUGUUGCUAAGUCAUUUGGUACCAGAACUUCUGGUUAUACCAUGGCAUGCAUCCUGUGACUGAACUCUCAACCAGUCGCAGAAAAUUUGACCUCGGCAUAAAAGGUAAAGGGACCCCUGACCGUUAAGUCCAGUCGUGGACGACUCUGGGGUUGCGGCGCUCAUCUCGCUUUACUGGCUGAGGGAAGCCACCUUCCGCGUCAUGUGGCCAGCAUGACUAAGCCACUUCUGGCGAACCAUAGCAGUGCACAGAAACACUGUUUACCUUUCCACCGGAGCAGUACCUAUUUAUCUACUUGCACUUUGACGAGCUUUCGAACUGCUAGAUUGGCAGGAGCAGGGACCGAGCGAUGGGGGGGUUACCCCAUCGCAGGGAUUCAAACCGCCGACCUUGUGAUCGGCAAGCCCUAGGCUCUGCUGUUCCCCACUAUACUGGAGCAACACAUGUAUAUGGAACAGUAUUUUCACAUCAGGAUAUAGUGCAGACCCCUUUAUUCCCCUUUGAUUCCCUUCUUAGGGGAGAGGCUGUAACCCAGUGAAAGAGCAUACACAUUACAUGCAGAAGGUCCUAGGUCAAAUCUCUGACAUAAUCCAGUUUUAAAAAGGAGAGUCAGAAUGGACAGUACUGGGAUAGAUGAACUAAGGUCUGAUCUUGUAUAAGACAGCUUUUAACUGGACAUAAGAUGAUGUAUUGUAUAGUAGCAUCAUGCUACCUCAUUUUUGUUUUACUUUAAGUUUGUUAAAAACUUAUAAAGUGACUCUGAAUGUACCUUGGGGAAAGAGUUACUAGAAUUAAUGGAUGGGCAUUUUAUAGGGCACAUUACAGAGUGUUUCACAUGCAGUGUCUAGUUAAUCCUUACAACAGAUAUGUACAAUAAAGCAUUGUUAUCUAUAUCUUACAGAUAGGGAUAUGAAACAGACAUAGGUUAUUUUGACUACCUAGCAAGUUUGCAUGUUGAUAAAGGCUUUGCUGAUAGAAAGAUAAAUAUGUUUUCUGAUAGAGGAAGUUCUAUAAUAUGUUGCUUUCAGCCUUGAAUAUCUGUGAUGCUCAGGCAUCUUGCCAGCCCCUGCCAUCUGGACCAAUUAUGAAUGGAAUGGAGGCAGAACCAGUGAUACCUAAAUAGUCUGCAUAUUUCAUUAAGAACACGUUUAAUUUGCCACUUAACAGAGUUUUGAGGACCAUUCUCUUUAUUGAUCAGAGACCGCAUGGCUUUAAAAUCUGCUCUGGGUAAGUGUCUCCAUAUUAGGAGAGAGAUAUUUCCCCCCCCCCCCUCAACCAGAGGAUAAUCAUCAUGCAAGUCAGUGCUGGAGCAGACGUCAGCGCAUGCCGGUAUCUGCUCUGAUGCAAUGUAGAAGCUGUGAAGCUAAUCUGUCCUCUCUAGUGGCAGCUGUUUCUGAUGGCAGAGGUUAGUGGUCUUUCUGAGCAGUGGAACCUCUGUAGGCUAAAUUGCCCUGAAUCACAAAUGAAAGAUGUUUCAGCAUUCUGAGUCAUGCUGACGUUUCACUCCUAUUUAUAGAAGGCAUGAAAGCUGGUUUAAAAAUCAAAAUGAACAGUAGUAAAGAGGUAAAAAAAAAAUAUGAGUGAAACCAGCAGUGGUGAUGAGGGACAGCUGCCACUGCUGAUGCCACAAGACUCUUUGCCCAUGUUUGCAAGCAAAACAUAUAAAACCACUGGUGUGUGCAAACCAUGAGGUUAUUUAUCAAAUUACCAGCAUGUUUAUCUUCUUUAUUGCACUGUGGCAAACAAACAAAUGUGUCCAUUGUAGCAAGACCAACUUUUAUUUUAAGCUAAAAUAUAGCUGUACUUGCUUUUUACAUGAAGAUACCUGGCUCGGCAGUUGUCAGGGGUUGUUGUUUUUUCCCAGCCGGCACUCGCUGGAACUCAGUUCCGGCACCUCUCAGGUGGGCACCAUUACCAUUCUAAGAGAACGAGGGAGGCGUUCAUGGUGUGUUAUGGCAUCUCUUUUUCUAAAAAAAUAAAAAUAGCACUGGCAGUUGUAUAUGGGAAUCUUUGGACCGCAGGAAUUCACAAGCUGAACCAUGAAUCAGCAAGUGUUGUGUGGCUGCAAAGAAGGGUAGUGAGAGUUUAUUUAGGCUGUAUUAACAGAACCAAAUUUUCCAAGUCAUGGGAUGCAGUAGUUCCACUUUAUUCCACAUUGGCUGGAUCUUUGGAAUAUUAUACCCAGUGCUGGGUGCAGCACCUAAGAAAGCUACAGACAAAUUAGAACAGAUUCAAAGAAAGACAACAAAGAUGGUCAAGGGAAAGCAAAAGAAUUCUUAUGAAGAUAGCUUAAAGAAGAAGAGUUUGGAUUUGAUAUCCCGCUUUAUCACUACCCAAAGGAGUCUCAAAGCUGCUAACAUUCUCCUUUCCCUUCCUCCCCGACACCUCUGUGAGGUGAGUGGGGCUGAGAGACUUCAGAGAAGUAUGACUAGCCCAAGAUCACCCAGCAGCUGCAUGUGGAGGAGCGGAGAUGCGAACCCGGUUCACCAGAUUACGAGUCUACCGCUCUUAACCACUGCACCACACUGGGUACUGAGAACUGGGUAUAUUUUAUCCUGGAGAAAAAACAGAGAUAGAGUCAUGUUAACAUUCUCAAAGUGCUGAAGGGCUGUCUCGUAGAAGAGAGCAAAGGCUUGUUCUCUGCUGCUCUGGAGGCAAGAGUAGAUCUAAUGAACUUAAUGGUGGUGGAUUUGGGCUGAACAUUAGGAGAAGCUUCUUAAUGGUAAUAACAGUUGGACUUUUAGGUCUCUCACUUCCUGGGAGCAGAGGCAUCAGGGAUGCUCUAACUCUAUUUCCGCAUUGAGUAGAAUGGUGUUGGACUAAUUUGCCUGCAAGACCACCUCCAGCCCUGAGUCUAUGACUCCCCUGGGAACUACAGAUUUCAUUUAUUAUGCAGUGGACAGUGUGCAUAGUUGGGAUUAAAUGGGUGUGCAAUCUUUGUUGAAAUCACCAUUCAGCCAUGAAACUCUUUGGCUGAACUGUUGCCUCAGCCAGUUCUGUUUCACAGAGUUGAUAAAAGGAUAAAUAAAGGUUAGAAAAUGAAAAGCACUUGGGACUCUUCCAGCCAUCCUCUUUACUUGCAUUCAGGAUGAUUUGUGCUCAUGAUGGUAUUGGGCUGGUUAUUCAUGACCUACUUUAAAUAACGUUUGUUCCUGUAAAACCUUUGAAACAGACAUACUGCUUUGUUUUCAGUUGGCACAUGUCAUAGAAUGGUAGAGUUAGAAGGGAUUUCUUGCUGAAAUCCUCUAACUUCAUGCCACAAUGUUAUUGGGGGUUGUUGCACUAUUAGAUCAGUGGUGCCCCUCCAGACAGCAAUAAUGCAGAAGCAUCAUAGAACAACUAAUAAACUGGAAUGAUGUGUGGAUAGUUUAGUAUAAAUCCACUACUAAUUGAGUCACUGACAGGUUGCAGAAUACACCCACAAAACACACACUCCAGUUUGGAGGGGCCCUAUGUAGAAACCAGAUCUGUGCACUGGAUUUGGUUGAGGCCUAAUUGGACCUAUUCAGAGGCCUCGUUUGAGUUGGGUUGUAACAGCCCUUGAUUGCUGCAGGUUAGGUUGAGUGGCCUAGAGCCACCUGGGACUUUUGUCCAGCAGGAAUGCCCAGCAGCAAGUAGACAUGAGCAAACAUGAGCAAGAAAAAGGGGAAACCACAAAAAGGAGGGACCUACCAGGUGGCUGCCUCUUCAAAGGAGAAGGUUGGGGGGGUGCACUGCCAAAUUGCCUCAGGGAUGAAUAUGAGUUGGGUGGCUGCUGUGGCAGCACAGGCCAAAGUGGAGCGAUCCAGGGGCCACAAAUGAGGGCCACAGGGCAGAUAGGGUGUCCGUACAGAGCGCUAGAAGAAACAGCAAAGCCAAACGGACAUAACAUACAAAGUUCUCUAUCUCUACAUCAGGGGUUCAAAGUUGCCCUUUAUUGUUAGGGCGCUAGAGUUAAUUUCACCUGGUUACUUUCUCACUUAAGUGCAAAUAAAUAGUGAGUUGCACUCGACAAAGUAGUAAUCAAAUUCUUAAAAAUCCAAGUGAAAACUUUGCUUGGAGUGUGACACAUUUGUUUUCUCUCAGUUAGAAGCCUGUAGUAACACAUUUCUAAUUUCAGUUGGAAGAACAUCUGCUGUUUUCAUAACAGCAUCCUUGAUCCAAAUGAAGGGCUAGGAACAUACCCUCAGAAAUCAGAAGUGCAUGCUGGCUUUGCUCCUUAAACUUUAGCCUCAGGUUUUGCACCUGUCAGCACAGCACAACCAUGCUGUGGUCUGCAGUACAGAAUAUUGUCUUUCUAGGGUUGUGGCUCUUUUUAGGGUUGUGCCCAACUUCCAAAUACACAUUUCAGGAUGUUUUCUGACUAUGUGAAUGAGAUUAUCUUUAAUGUAUAUGUUGUUAGAAGAAAAAACUGCUCCGUUUCCCUUAUGGGUUAUUCCAGAGCCCGUACAGAGUCGUUAAGUGGGUUCCCUAUCGGUAGGAGAAAAAUAACAGAGGCCUACCAGACUACCAUAUUUUUCCAUGUAUAAGACACCUCCUAUUUGGGGGGACUCCAAAUUAAGAAAACACCCCUCAGCAAUACCCGUGUAUAAGAGGAGCCCCAAUUUUAAACCUAUUUUUUGGUUUAGAAACCUAGUCUUAUACACGGAAAAGUACAGCAUAUUGAGAAGCAAAGUGGCUAGUAAGCCAGAUCUUUAUUAAAGGAAAAGGAAAAUAAACUGUUGCAACAGGAUCUCCACUCACCACACGGAGGAGGGAGGGAGAACCCAGAGCCCUUAUAAAGACACCUAAAAUUGCCCACCCUGUAGCCCCCACAAAACAUCAUACAUACAUCACAGAAAGAGGCGGUCUACAGAGAAAUCCUGUCUGCCAGGAUACCUGAUAAUAGUCCCUGAUUGCAUUACCUGGGCAGUCUGGCCAUUCUUUUGUGAUGGUUAAUACUUUAGUUCCUGAAUCCAGGCCACAGGCUCACCCUAUUCAUACACAAAUAUGCCCUUAAGACAGGAUUUGCAAGCAAAAAGACAAUGGGAAGGCUUUCCCCAUUUGCCUCCCUUACUGCAGAGGAAUAUUUGAGGUCAUUGGGAGAGUCAAAAUGGCUUCAGGAUUGCCCUCCCAUCCUAUUUCAGACCCAUGGUUCAUAUAUUUAGAUAUGUGUGCAUUUAUGAAUAUUUAUUUUAUCUUUGAGACCUUACAAUUCUUAUAACAUGUAUAUGUAUUUUUUCCCCGGGGGGGGGAAUCAACAGAAUUUGGAUUAUCAACCUUUUUUCUCCCCCAGAAGAGUCACUGAUAAGGGAGGGAUCGAAAGUGCUGCACCAGGCUCCAUUUCCAUGCCCUGAAGCAGAGUGCCAGCAGGUCCUGCUUCACACCUCUGUGGCUUAGCAGCAAGAUGAGUCAGUUGGCUCUCAUCAGAGGGCUUCCUGAUCCCUUUCUCAUUGCAUGAAUUUUGAAGCUGCACAUUUUGGUCUAGGUUCAAAUAUUUGUUCCUGAAGGUACAAAGGUAGGUCUCUUAGACGUUCUUUGAAAAGGGGGUGCAGGAAUUAUGCAUACUUUCCCUAAGAGUUUCAUUAACGUUUGCUAGAAUAUUGCAGUUGACAGUGCAGCUAAAUGAUUGACGUCUCGAGCUCCAAUGCUAGGGAGCAUAAGACUGAGAACUUGGGCCCUUUGUUCUUUGAACUGCAGACACACAGGCUAAGCACAGUUUGUAAAGGUCUCUUCGUUUCAAAAGCAAUUUGCCCUGAAUUUUGUGGGGGUGGGGGAACACACUGUUAAAGAAGAACAAGUCUGAACCCUUCCUUGGGCUCAUGGAACUAACUGUACAGUUUGUUGGAUACUGGUCAUUGACUUUAUUGGUCCACAUUAAAACAACUACAGAUCACUGCAGAUGGUGACAGCAGCCACGAAAUUAAAAGACGCCUGCUUCUUGGGAGAAAAGCAAUGACAAACCUAGACAGCAUCUUAAAAAGUAGAGACAUCACCUUGUCAACAAAGGUCCGUAUAGUUAAAGCUAUGGUUUUCCCAGUAGUGAUGUAUGAAAGUGAAAGCUGGACCAUAAAGAAGGCUGAUUGCCGAAGAAUUGAUGCUUUUGAAUUAUGUUGCUGGAGGAGACUCUUGAGAGUCCCAUGGACUGCAAGAAGAUCAAAUCUAUCCAUUCUUAAGGAAAUCAGCCCUGAGUGCUCACUGGAAGGACAGAUUGUGAAGCUGAGGCUCCAAUACUUUGGCCACCUCAUGAGAAGAGAAUACUCCCUGGAAAAGACCCUGAUGUUGGGAAAGAUUGAGGGCACAAGGAAAAGGGGACGACAGAGGACAAGAUGGUUGGACAGUGUUCUCGAAGCUACCAGCAUGAGUUUGAUCAAACUGCGGGAGGCAGUGGAAGACAGGAGUGCCUGGUGUGCUCUGGUCCAUGGGGUCACGAAGAGUCGGACACGACUAAACAACAAUAACAGUACAACUACAAGACUUUAUUUUAUGUUUUCAUGACAAGCCAUAGAUUUAGACACAAUAGUCAUCAUUUGCUGCUGGUUUUAUAAAUUCUCAAAACUACAUAAAGUAAAACCGUUGAGAGUUAAAUGUAGACUCCUACUUUGGACAAUCAUGACCUCUUCAGGGUCAUAAUAGAAUACAUGAAUCAGCAUUGUUUCCACUCUUACACCCUGAAAUAGCUAGCUCAAUGCCUCUUGCCAGCGUGAUGCAUUAUUGUUGCUUUGUUCCUUAUCUUUAAGUCAAUUGCCUACCCACUGUAUUGCAUUAUUGCCCCGGAAUAUAUCUCCAAAAUCUUAAUGAGAUUUUGGUACCUCACUGUAUUCAUUUCUUUCAAAUACAGCUAAACUAUGUAGUCCCAUUAUAUAAGCUUGAUGUGCUGUGCUAAAUAAUAAGAGAACAAGAGAUACAAAUUGAGUAGGACCAAUUUAUGAUUGGUUGACCUAUGCUGGCCAUUAUGUUCUACUCUGAGAUUACGCUGCAUUUUUAAAGCCGCUUUAUCUGAGGGGAACUCAGUUUUACAAAACGUAACAGCAGUCAUGUUGACCUAUAGGAAAAAUUCAUAAUAUUGGGGUAGUAGCAAGCUUGCUUUUUUUUUUUUUUUUUGAGAAUUCAAAAGAGGAGAAUAGUAGAGAUUCUGAAAGUUUGCACACUAUUUUGUGAUAUUUUGAAUGACCUAAGAUAAAUAAAGGUAGUUUUCUAACAUAGCUUUUGAGUAUUGUAAAUGUAUUUCUUUUAAGCAAUAUUUUUAAUAGUAAUUCUCUCCCCCCCUUAGGCUAGAAUUUCCCAGAAUAGUCAUGCCCCCCACAAAUAUAUAUAUGCUAAUUAGAGACCCCUCACAAACUCAAUCCCAACUUUCCCCAGAACUUGGCAUAUGUUUUAAUCUACUGCAGGGCCAGCCCAAUGUUCAUAGAACCCUUGAUACCUAAAUUCAGUGGUCUAAAGUGGCCACCUCAAUCUUUCUUAAUAGUAGAUAAGCAGAUAUACAAAGUGUUUUACAUUUACACUGCAGCAUUUAAAUACAGCUUGUGCAUCUUCUCUGAAUGAGUUUCUCUUUGAUGUCACAGCACAAGUAUUUGCGAGGCAGAUUCUGCCCUCCAUUGAUUGCACAACCUCCUUGAAUUUGAUCCAGGUGUCUUUCUUCUUGUGUUCAGUUUAUAGUUUUUUCUUGUUUAGAGUGGAGGAUCUUCAUAAAACUGCUGUGAAAAUCACAAUACGUUCUUUUUUUCCUUUUCCUCAAUUUCUGUUGGACGUAACACUACUUGACCUGUACCACAAUCAACUUGUACUUAAGACUGUUGUAGAUUUAAAGGAAGAAAAAAAUGGCAUGUGAGUGUUUAUUUUGAAUGCAGCAGUGAUUAGACUAGUUACAACAAUGACAAAAAUAACAAUUAUUUCAGUGACUUCUUUUGGUUAAAAUAAAGUCAGCAUAGAGAAUGAAUUAAUGGUGUUUUCUUUUUGUUUUGGAUUUGAAUUCAAAGCAAUAUGUUUUAUCCUUUAGAAAGCACCAUGCAAGUUUGAUCUAGCCAGGUAUGUUCUAGGUCAGGCACAGGCAAACUCGGCCCUCCAGAUGUUUUUGGGACUACAACUCCCAUCAUCCCUAGCUAACAGGACCAGUGGUCAGGGAUGAUGGGCAUUGUAGUCUCAAAACAUUUGGAGGGCUGAGUUUGCCUAUGCCUGUUCUAGGUUCUUCCCCACCUUCUAAUUCAAGAUUCUUCCAUUAUUUCUUGCCAGCCAUGGGCCUUUAGUGAAAGAAGGUAUUUAUGGAUGGCAAACCCCUCUUGCUGCCUUUGGCAGACAGAAGGGAAAAGCUGUUCAUAUGUGUGUUUUGCUGUUUUAAGGGUGGCACCUGUUCAGAGUGUCCUGACUGGGAUUUAAUGUUGCUGUUCACAUUUUUAAAAAGUUGCUAGCUCUGCUUCAGUGCUGAGGAAUAAAGAGUUCUGAUUUUCAUACUUCUAAAAAUGAAUUAAUGUGCCGAUGAGCAAUUACAAUUUCCAUCCCCCUCAAGGUGGCAACCAAAGCUGGGGUGGGGAGUAUACAGAAGAAAAAGUUCUGGCUGAAGAUAUGAGACUCGGUAAUCUCAGAAUGCAUUAUUAAUCCUACUUGACAGCUGCUUAAUCUGAAGAAGAAAAAAGUUCACAUAUUGAGAUGCGCAACUUAAUAAGAAAGAAAGAAAUCUCCUGUAUCUAAAACCAUUGUUGCUUUUAAAGCACAAUAACUUUCAAAUGGUUUGAGUGAUUUACUAUAAAAUUUUAGGCUUCUAAAGAAAAACCUUGCCUGCAGGACAACACUUGGAACGCCAAUGAUUUAUGUAAAACUGCCUUGCACAAAGCUGUCUAAUUGUAUUUUGUAGUUUCUGUCUGGAAAUUAACAACUAAGCUGCUAUCCUGAUAAACUGAAGACAGGCGUAUUUGUUCAGAUGCACUCUCUUAAAUACUGUUCCUAAUUUGGUGACGUGUAUUGGAACACUUUGAGAACUUUGGAAUGUUCCAGUAGAGGAGCUAUGCUGUGCAGUGGCGUAGCGUGGGGGGUGCAGGGGGGGCCGGCCGCACCGGGCGCAACAUCUGGGGGGGGUGCGCUCGCACUCGCAGCUCUCUGCCCCUACCUGGCUCACUCACUCUCUCUCACUGCAGUGCUGGCUGUGCGAAUCCGAUCCGAGCCGCUGGGUCGCCGCCCACUGUGGAGGGGGUGGGUGCCAGGCGUGCGGUGCAGAGAGAGAGCGAGGGACUAUCUGGGGGAGGGACAGUGCAGCGGCCGCCCAGCGCAGCGCUGAGCGCGGGAGAGAACCACACCAGACCAGACCAGGCAGCAGCAAGAAGAAGCUGGCAGCGGCGGCAGGUUAGGGGUUAGGGGGCGCAAAUUACUUGCCUUGCCCCGGGUUAAAGGUAAAGGUAAAGGUACCCCUGCCCGUACGGGCCAGUCGUGUCCGACUCUGGGGUUGCGCGUCCAUCUCGCUUAAGAGGCCGGGGGCCAGCGCUGUCCGAAGACACUUCCGGGUCACGUGGCCAGCGUGACAAGCUGCAUCUGGCGAGCCAGCACAGCACACGGAAACGCCGUUUACCUUCCCGCUAGUAAGCGGUCCCUAUUUAUCUACUUGCGCCCGGGGGUGCUUUCGAACUGCUAGGUUGGCAGGCGCUGGGACUGAACGACGGGAGCGCACCCUGCUGCGGGGAUUCGAACCGCCGACCUGACGAUCAGCAAGUCCUAGGCGCUGAGGCUUUACCCACAGCGCCACCCGCGUCCCGGGUUAGGGGGCGCAAAUUACUUGCCUUGCCCCGGGUGCUGACAACCCACGCUACGCCGCUGAUGCUGUGUCACGAUCCUGCAAUGCAGUUGACAUGCAAUGAAGUGCCACUCUGCCUUGCAUCUUGCCACUUCCAUCAGGGGACCGAGGAACUGAGAUUAGAGCAUGCUGUGGAUUAAAACAAACUGUGGCAUUACUUUGAUUUGGCAAACAGUUUUUGAUGUGGCUCUAUUUUGUUUUAGUUUUUUUGCGCCAUAACUUUUCAGUUGAUUCCACAGAAUAGUAAGCAGUAAGUGCAGUCUAUCACCCUGGGAUUUCAGAAGCAGUAUCCUCAAAAGUUAAUAAUAAUAAAAAGAUUUCGGAUGUUGCUAGUGCAGCCCCAAAAGAUCAAUGCAUGGAUAACGUACCCAUCCAGAACAAACUUAGCUGGUCUCUAAGAUGCUACUGGAAGGGUUUUUUUUAUUUUGUUCCAUCCUUCCAAAGUUUAAGAUAUUCCUCUUUAACUUUGUUUGGUGAAGAAAUGGAAAAUUGGGAGCUUGUUUCGGGCAUAGACGUGACUAGCUGCAUCUAAUGAUGCUAUUAAAGGCUGGUGGUACCUGCCUUGUAGUGUGCAUUGUUGCUUGCAGUAUUUGAAUGCGUUGCAGACAUUGCUCAUCUUGGCCCUGUGUGGUCUGCAGUCAUCAGACUAGGUACUCAGAUUAGCUCGUGUUUACUCAUUGCUGGGCAGCGCAGGUGGUGCUGUGGGUUAAACCACAGAGCCUAGGACUUACCGAUCAGAAGGUUGGCGGUUUGAAUCCCCGUGACGGGAUGAGCUCCCAUUGCUCGUUCCCUGCUCCUGCCAACCUAGCAGUCUGAAAGCACGUCAAAGUGCAAGUAGAUAAAUAGGUACCGCUCCAGCGAGAAGGUAAAUGGCGUUUCCGUGCGCUGCUCUGGUUUGCCGGAAGCGGCUUAGUCAUGCUGGCCACAUGACCCAGAAGCUGUACACCGGCUCCCUUGGCCAAUAAAGCAAGAUGAGCGCCGCAACCCCAGAGUCGGUCACGACUGGACCUAAUGGUCAGGGGUCCCUUUACCUUUACUCAUUGCUGAGAUGGAUGAACGUUUAAAAGUGGGUAUGUAAUUUUCUGAACAAUUCUGUCAAAAGAUAUGUGAUCUAGUCACGUGAGUCCUGUUGGGAAAACUAAAACCUCCAGCUAUCUGAAACAGACCACAAUGAACUUAUGCUUGGUAGUAAGAUAGUGUUAUUAUCCAGUUAUUACGCAGGGUGGAUGUCAGAAUAGGUGGCUUGUAACAAUCAAUUUGAAAUGCAGAAAAUAAUUCCUUUUGCUCAAGGCUCCCCAUCAAACGCAGAUCUGACUACCUUCCCAGUCUUCAAAUCAGCCAUUCUCUUCUCCCCUCCAUACAAGUUGUGCUGCGGAAAAGCUGUUGCUUAGUAGAAUGUUACAUGUUUUGCAAGCAAAAGAUCCCAGGUUCAAUCCCUGACAUCUCCAGAUAUGGCUGGGAGAAACUCCCGUCUGAGCUAGAUGAACUAAUGCUUUGACUCUUUAUAAGGUAGAUCACUUGAGUUCAUAUAUUCAGUUAUUGGAAUUGGGAAUAUGAAGGGGGACUAGGCCAAAAUGUUUUAUUUAUUAAAUUUCUAUACCACCUUUCAUCCAAGGAUUGCAGGGCACUGAUGGCAGCAACUCUUCUCUGCCAGUGACCAAUGCAGCAGGGCACAUGGCAGCAAAGCAGGGAGUGUAGGCAGUGGCAGCAACAGCAGGUAUGGUGGUAGUGGUGGCAGCAGCAGCAGGGUGGCACUUCCGGUUUUGCCUCAGGAGGCGAAAUGAGAUGCAUUACCCCUGUACUCAUGAGAUGGGUAGUGGAGAUGGAUCCUGGCUUGUAUAGACUUGGGCUUGUGUAUAGGCUUUCUCUAUAGUUACAAACCUUUUGGAUUGCAUUCAGACACUGAUAUACGAGGCAAUUUAAACCUGCUGUUGUACAACCAGUAAACACUGUGGCUUACUUGUUUGGCUAUCUGUAUCUAUUAGAAAUCGCAGUAAUGCAUUCUUCUUGUUUCUAAUGACUAUUUAAUCAAAGCAAUAAUUCACUGCAAAGUAGAGUGGUGUUUUUCCCCACUUUGGUGGUGGCCAGCUUGUCUUUAAGAUGGAGUUAGAAUUUUAAGGAGCUACUAUGGAAAUGUUGUAUCUUUUAGAGUUCUUUAUUAUUUUGGCUCUGCAAUUAUUUCCUCAGCACUUUCAGUUUCUUUGUCUCCGCUGUUCUUAAGUUGAAGAGAUAGAGAGACAGACAGACAGACACAUAUUGGUCGAAUUUCAAAUGGUCCUUGAAGAAAGAAAGCUUGCAUGGAAUUAUAUAAAACACACACAUCUUCCUAUAGUGUAUGGAGCACAUAGACUUCAAAAGUGCAUAAAGUUUUGAGUGCACGUGUAUGUGACGGGUGAAAUAUUCAGUGCCUGGCUAAAGGGCAUUCAUCACAUCGCAACGGUCUAUGAGGCAAUCAGUGGUGAUUUUGAGGUGGCCUUCACUGCAUUUAUCAGGCAAUAACUAUAGCUACUGCUUGCUUUAGUGAACCGUGACAAAUGGUUACCAGCUUGAAUUCUUUCUUCUUCAAUUAAACUGUGUGAAAUGACCAUAUGGAUCCAGUUUCAUAAGUGCUUGCUUAUUCCACUCAGGCUUUCAGCUGACUUACAUUAUUCUAAUUGCUCACAAUGAGAUUUCACUAGUAAAGGAGCUAUACUAAUGUUGGUCACACAAGGAGCUUAAAAAAUGUUAGCACCAGUAACUUUUAAUAUUGCAUUUUUAAAAACAAUCAAUUAGGAAAGCUGUACUAACUUGGGCCCUGAUCUAGGAAAAGUCCACAUAUGUCACAAUUAAUGUUAAGUGUGAUUGAUUUUAUCCUAGAUCACAGGUGCCAGCAUGCUGCACUCCAGAUACUUUUGGGCUGUAGCUCCCCUCGUGUUUAUUUGUUUAUUAAAACAAAUAAACUUUAAAAUAAAAUAAGAUACAAUAAACCACAGAGCUCAAAAACAGCCUUUCUCCAAGUGCCGUUUUGUCUCAACCUACCAGUAUUUUUUAUUAAGUGUUGGACAUUAAUAAAUACUAUCUACCUACCUAUCUAUUUAAAGUUUGUAUGGGAAUAGGUGGUCCUUCAAAUAUCCAGGUCCCAAGCUAUAACGGUCUCUUAGAGGUUAUCAAAUCAGCACUUUCAUAUUGGUCGCAAACACAUAGGAAGCCAGUGGAGCUAUUUUAACACUGGUGAGAUAUUCCUGUGGCUAGUACCAAUUAGCUGCCUUGUUCUAUACCAGUGUAGUCUUCAGACGUCAAAUGCAUUGCAAUAGUCUCAUUUUGAAGACUGUUGUGGCCAGUACACAAACAGAUCUCUUCCAGCUCUAUGGUUCUGUGUUUUACUGCAGUAAUAACAGUUCACAUUAGUUUUCCUUUGCUGGGAAGUAUCCAGGGGGCUGGAUACGCUACCAUAGAUGAUGUCAGGAUAUGUGUGCAUGGAUAUCUUGGGCACAUAACUGUCAACUUUCAGAUUUGAAAAUAAGGGAUCAGUAGCCUCGAAAAUAAGGGAUCAGCAGCCUUACCUGUCCCGGGGACAGUCUAUGGGAUAUCUAACAAUCUGGGAUAGCAGCGGGAAGCAGGGAAAAUGGCGCUGGAAUAAGGGAAUUUCCCGCAAAAAAAGGGAAGGUUGACAGCUAUGCUUGGGCAGCCACAUUCACACAGCUGCCUUUGUGAGAGCAAAUUAUUGGAGUGGUAUGAGGGCUCUUAAUAAACUGUCGUCCCUAUAUUUUAAAGCUAAUGCAGCUGUGGUUGCAAAGAACCAAGAAGCCAGCUUUAUUAGUGGUUGCUGCAGAUUCAUCAAAUCUGUACACUUCCCUAGGCCACAGGGGAAAAAAAUAUUGCAAUCUGCAGAUAUUUUGUGAGUGAAUCUGAAUAUGAGUCUUACUUUAGUAUAGCAUAGCCUAGUUAUGUGGCUUAAAUUUACGUGGAGGGGCUACCCUGUCAUGUCAAGGAAGACACAAUGUCCCCCAGUGUACGGCGUGACUAGCAAAGCUUCAGUUAAACUGCCAGCAAAUUGCUUGAAAAUGGAUCAUACACGAUUUCUGCACUAUUACUAUUGUCUCCCUGUGACUCACUCUGCUGUAUAUAGUAGCUUUUAUUUUGAAGACUAUUUUAUUCCUACCAAGAGAGGUUUGAGAGCAAAUAUAUUAAAUGUCAGAUGUUUCCAUCAUAUUUGCAGCCUAAGACUUAAGCAAUGGAUGGAAAUGUAGCAUGCCUUGAAAUAUCAGAUAAAUAUAUACGGUAUUUACUGUUAUCUCUAUUGCUACUGCAAAGAGUCAUUUACCUCUUUGCUACAACACCAUACACAUAUCCAUCUCACCCGCUCCUCCCUCCCAGGCUUGGCUGUUUUCGGGGAGGGAUUUUUUGCAUGUUGCAUCAUAAUUCUCUGCAAUAUCAAAUCACUGCAAAGGAAUGCUGUUUAUUAGAUUUUGCACUCUUACAAAAUAUUAAUGUUUGUUGUAAACAACCUUCCCUCAUCCUCCAAGAGUUUCCCCUUUUAGGCCCUUGGGAUCCUGAGAACUGCACAUUCAUAUUUUCUACCUUUUUUUCUUCCUGUCCUUAUUAUUGCAGUAAUAUUGUCUUUACAGGUUUGCCCUGUUUACCUUCUAUUUUAGUUUAUUCAUCAGUAUGUCUCAACUGUGUGUGUUGGCAGAAGAAGGGAGACUUCCAGCAGAAGCGUUUUAUUGUUUAUGGGUUUGAUUAAUUACCCAGCUUUUAGUAAUCAACAUACUGUACUUAAAUGCAUAGUGGGCCACAGAAAUAUGUCGCUACCCUAGAAUAAGGAGGAAUUUUGUUUAUAAGUAUUAUUUGGUUUUUUGCAGGUUUUGGGCUUUGAAAUAGAUACUGUGAACUCUGUCCAGUUUUCAAAUCAUACAGGUAUGUAUAUACAUAUAUCUAUUCUCUUGAGAUGCUUUUAGUUUACGGAAAAGGGGAUGGAUUUUCCCAAUGAAGGGAUGUAGAAAGUGGGGUCUCCCAAGGAUCAGUACUGGGACCUGUGCUUUUUAACUUGAUCGACGCUGUGGGUUAAACCACAGAGCCUAGGACUUGCCGAUCAGAAGGUCGGCGGUUCAAAUCCCCGCAACGGGGUAAGCUCCCGUUGCUCGGUCCCUGCUCCUGCCCACCUAGCAGUUCAAAAGCACGUCAAAGGGCAAGUAGAUAAAUAGGUACCGCUUCGGCGGAAAGGUAAACGGUGUUUCCAUGAGCUGUUCUGGUUGCCAGAAGCGGCUUAGUCAUGCUGGCCACAUGACCCGGAAGCUGUACGCCGGCUCCCUCGGCCAAUAAAGCGAGAUGAGCGCUGCAACCCCAGAGUCGGCCACGACUGGACCUAAUGGUCAGGGGUCCCUUUACCUUUAAAUGAUUUUAGAGUUGGGGAUCAGCAGAGAGGUAGCUAAGUUUGCUGAUGGUACCAAAUUGUUCAGGGUAGUUAAAAGUGAUUACAAAGAGCUCCAAAAGGAUCUCUCUGAACUGAGUCAGUGGGUGGUAAAAUGGCAAAUGCAAUUCAGUGGUAAGCAAGUGUAAAGAGAUACACAUUGUUGAGGGGGGAGGAAUCUUAAUUUCAACAAAUACACGCAUGGAAUCUGAAUUUGUGGUGACUCACCAGGAAUAAGAACUUUGGGUCAAAGUGAGUAGCUCAGUGAAGAUGUUGACCCAGUGUGGCAGCCGCUAGGAGUCCAUGCUAGGGAUCAUUAGGACAGGGAAUGAAAAUAAGCCAACAUCAUACAAAUCUAUGGUGUGAUUGCACUUGGAAUACUGUGUACAGUGCUGGUUGCCUCACCUCAAAACACCUAUUGUGGAGCAGGGAAUGGUGCAUUAAAAGGCAACUAAAAUGAUUAAGGGGUUGGACUGAAGAUUACAGAAUUUGGGACUUUUUAGUUUAGAAAAAAUAUGAAUGGGGGGGAACAUGAGAGAGUUGUAUAGGAUUAGACAUGGUGUGGAGAAAGUGGAUAGCAAAAAGGUUUUCUCCAUAUCUAAUAGCUAGAACUAAAAAUGUUGGAAGAUUCAGGGCAGACGAAAGAAAGUGUUACGGAAUUCUCUCUUACAAGAGGUAGUGAUGGCCACUAAUUUGGAUGAUUGUAAAGAGGGUUCGACAAAUUAAUGGAGGAAAAGGCUGUGCUCUGCCUCCACUUCCGGAGGCAGCAUGUCUGAAUGCCAUUGUUGGAAAUUGUAGGUGGAGAAAGUGCUGCUGGUCUCAGGGCCUGCUUCCUAGAGGCCAGACAGGGAAACUUUUUACCUGCCAGAUGUUGAAAACUGCGACUCCCGUCAUCCCUGGCUAUUGACCAUUCUCGCUGGGGUGUAAUUCUGCAACAUCUGGAGGACCAAAGGUUCCCCAAACCUACCGUAGGUACAUAUGAAAUCUACUAUGAGAGCAUGUUGUUGGAUUACAUGGGCCUCUGACCCGGUCGAGCAGGUUCCUCUGGCAUUCUUAUGUAUAAUCCUAAAUAAAUGUUAAGAAUACAAAACACUCAGGGACCAUUCCCAACUCUCCAAUGUUGAUGACUUGAGGAGGGAUUAGAUUUGAUCUCUUGCUGCUGUGGAGACCUGAACGGAUGGGUGGUUACAGCUGGUGUUCAUCCCAUUAACAGUAGUCAGUGUCAAGCCCCCAAACAGGGCAUUUCAGGGAUAGAGCUGGACUCGAACAGGAAUCCACUGACUCCUAUGCCAUUGUCAGAUGGAUCUUCUCUGUUGUGCCAGCCUGGAAUUGGUGCUGCAAAACAACAACAUCAUCAACAACAAGGAAACCGCCUCUCACCUUCCACCCAGACCAGCAAGAGCCAACAAGGCUUCGGAUGUGGUGGUGGCUCUACUGUUCUGAUGGUCCCCUAGGCAAGGUUAGGAUUGUGUUACCUCUCUUUAUUUGCUGGUAUUGAGAGGAGCAAGCUUUUCGAUAUCAAAGGAGCAUAAAGAACAGACUCUUGCAUCAGACUUUCAUCUGAGUCUGAUCAUUCCAGCCUUGCAAAGCAGCUUGGGCCUGGUGUUGCUCUGGCCGUGUUGGCAGCAAAGGCUGGGCUGGCGUGUGGUAGGCUCCUUUCACCCUCCGAUCCCUGCCCUCCCAGCGUGUGUGCCCCAGGUGCCAUUAAAGCACGUUCUGCCGCUACUUCACACAGUGGGUCAAAUCUUUCUUCCUCCUUUUCCAGUGGCCAUUAAAAAAACACAUGUUUUAAAGGGAAACUACUUUGCUUCCAAAAGUUUUGGAAACAGCAGCCCCUUAUCUCUCCAGUGAUGAAGGAUUUGACAAUCAAAUGCUUAGAGUGUUUGUUUGUUUGUUUGUUUGUUUGUUUGUUUGUGUAUGUAUUACAUUUCCUUCUGGGUUCUCCUCCAAGAAGCCUGGGCUAGCAUCUGUAGAGGUAGCUAUUUUUUAUCCCCACAAGAAUGCUAAGAGGUACUAAGGUUGGUAUUAAUUUGUCUGAGGCUACCCAGUGGCAAAUUGACACUGUCAUCUGUCACUAUAAGCACCUGCCCAUACAUAGACUUCAUGUUUACUUCAAAGAAAUUGACUUCCUGAUAUUGGCGAGGGAGGGAGGAGAGAGAUAAGGAGCAUAUAUUAAAACAUCUUCCGAUGGACACUUGUUUUUUUCUGAAUCACUCUGUUCCUUACAUUAAGGAAAAGGAAGAUGUUGAUAUGCUAUUUGUGAUGCUCAAGAAUAUCCUUCUUUUAAUCCUCCUGAUAUAGAGAGAGCAUUUUAAGCUGGAGCCCUGAGGGAGCUCUGUUGGCUAAGUUGCCUGGCGAGGAGUAUUUACUGUAUGAUUAGAGUGAGUGACUCACCUCCAAACGACAUUGUGCUUCACGCUCGAAUAAAAGGAGCUUGUCACACAGCCUACGUAGAUGCUCUUUUUUUAAAAGAAGAAGAAACGGGGGAAAGGGGGAGACAGUUUCAGUUUGUCACGCUCUCUCUCAUGUGUACGAAUAUAAAUGUUUUGGGGGAAGGGGGAGGAAAUAGACCCUGAUAGGCUUUUGGCCUGCUCUUAACAGUUUGGCAGACUUGUUAUUAGCAUGCAUAUAAAGGACUCAUUUGGUUUGCUUCCUAUGCUUGAAAAGCAAAACAGGUGUGUGUUGUAAACUCAGAUGCAUUGUUUAAUUUCACGUUUGGGGAUGCAGUUGGACUGGGAUCCAAACAGGAUUUCUCACAACAGGAAUUCUCACUCCUGAAUACGGAUGGCUUAAGCACAUGCUUCCAGCCAAACAUUUCCCACUGAGGCAUGCUGCAGAAUGCUGAUGCUAACUCAGACAUUCUCUGUAGCCUCCCGUGGGUUUUGGCUCUGUAGCAUCCUGUGUGAGGAACCUUGCAACGGGUCUACCCUAAUACCAGGAGGCAGGAUGGUUGUAUUUAUUGGUUAACAACAGAUCAGGAGCUCAGCACCCAGGCAUCAGGAAGACCACAGAGUAGAGAGGUUUAAAGUCAUGUUCAAAGCUAUCCUUGAUGCCUGUUGUUGCAGAACCAGUUCUGAUUUGAACAAGGCUAAUAAAUUUGCAGAACUGUGUUGGAGAAUUAAGGAAAAUGCUCCCCCCCCUUUUUUUUGGGAGGAACAAGAGUGGAAAUUUGAACCUUCGUUUCCAAGGAUAACAUAUUAUAGUAUGCUGACCCAUUUACUGCUUGCCCAGUACCUCCUGCCAGUCACAAUGGGACACUGUGUCCUUGAAUGCUCUUUGGCUAUUUCCCUCCCUCUCAGAGUUUAUUCAAAAGUGUUCUUGGCACCACUUCUGUUCAUCUUUGAACUUUUGUACCAUCAGAUACCAAAAUGCUAUUAUGUUUAUAAAAGGGGUCAGCGAAAGCAGGUGGGUGAACUCCCUAACCAAAGCUAAUGUGGGGAAUUAUUAUAGCCAGAUGGUAGAUUUCAUGCCUCAGGUGGCUUUAGGAACACCCUUUUGUUCUUUCACUUGUGGAAUGUGAUUAGUUUUCCUCUGAUUCUAUAUUUGGAAAACCCCAGUUGCUUUCACAAAAUAAUAACAGGACUAUUAAUGUUGAUUUAUUUCCUUUCGAAAAUGCAUUUAUUGGGUCAGAAAUUACUAGAUUAAUCUUGUUUUAGUGCUCUCACUCAUUCCCCUACAAAACCUGCCACAACAAUUUCAGUUUUAAUGAGAUUAUUGUGCUGGAGAUGCUGUGGAGUCAAUCAUUCCCUCUGUUUCCAGUGUUCAGGCUGUAACUGCCAUUGCUUUAUUUAUUAUUUGCAUAUUCCAUUUUUAAACUGCCCUUCAUCAGUUAAGAUCCCAGGGCAGUUUACAAUAUAUGGAAUUAAAACAGUAACAUUUAAUUUAACAAAACACUAUAAUACACACCAAACAUGAAUUCAAAAUAAACAAUAAACCAAUCAUCAAUAGACAAUAAAAAUAUAACUGACUUGAAACACGUCAGUUUUCCCCAAAGGCCUGGAUGUAAAUAUCUGUCAUUAGAUGGGGAACCUUUGUCUUGUAGGUCAGAUAUGACCUAUGACCUGAUUCCAUCUACCCCACAGGGCUUUCUGAACAUUGCAGCCUGCUAUGGGUCUUUGGGUGAGUAGAGGGACAGUUCCUAGUAGUGUGGACACCAUCAGAAAGUGAAGGCAGCACUCUUCCUCCACUCAUCACCAGGAAUGAUUGGGUUGCCAAUCACCCACAGUCUAUAUUACAUUCUUUACUUAGUGUGAACAUCCUCUGGCCAUGAAGGAUCCCUCAGGGGAGAGGUCUUGAGCAAAUGACCUUUGUAGUGACAGCCUAAAGGUAGCUCUGCAGACCUCAAUAUGUGUAGUACCAGCUGGGUGUUCAUGGGUAUCCGUUCCUCAAGCUGUCAAGUUACCUGCCACCAUCUGCUGCACAAUUCCCCAAACCGGAGAUAAUUCCCCAAAGAGACAUUACAGCAAGGGUUAGCGCAAUCUAAAUGAGAAAAAGGUACAGACCAGUUCCAGAGGAAUACACCACCAGGUGUAGUCUUACUUAAUCCAGCCAACCUGUAACUUUAUUUGGUCUGUUUCUUUGCUCAGGUUAUGAUCACUGGAAGGGGCAGGUGUUAAAUUCAGAUGAACUUCAUGAACUAUAUGAAGGACUGAAACUGAACAAUGUAAAUCAUUACGAUUAUGUACUUACAGGUAAGCUUCUUAAUUUUUGCGAGAGUGUUCUCAUGGCCACUAAAGAACCUGAAAUACGUAUGCUGAGGGUAAAAUGAUUCCAUAGCUGUUCUUAAGGCAAAGGGGGUCCUAGGUGGCCUUCUCUCAAUCUCUUAAACGUGGUUAAGAGAUAACUCAGUGUUAUGUCUGCAUUACCUCUCUAGGAGAAGCAUUUUUAAAAGGCCACCUCAGCAGGAAGCUUGUAAUAUAAAGCUUUGCAUCCAGCAAAAUACCCUCGCUCACAUUUCUGCAGAUUAUUAUUAAUAACAUAGUUUCACCUCAAUGCAUACAGUGCAUAUGUUUUAAAUUUCAUUUUCUGUAUUCCUUACUGCAGUGAAUAGGCUUGUUAUAAACUUGCUAGAUGAAAUUGAUUGCCAUAUUGAUUUAUAUAACUUCCUCAAGAAGGGAGGUGGUUUCAAAGCCGGGGAUAACGGGGAAAUUUAAUGAUACAGGUCCAGAAUUAUCGCCCAUAAAGGCUACUCUGCCAUGAAGGGUAUUGCACAGCUGACAGUUUAUUUCCCCUUGCUCUGGUUUCCAUGGAGUUCUUGGAGGUAAAGGAGAUAUUUAAUAACAAAGUGAAUGAGAUCGCACUGAUGUGGCAAUGAAUUUUCAGCAUAAACAGAUUCCAUUUGUUUUGAAGACCUUUUUAAUUUUCCCCCUGAGGAAAAUCUUAACGUGCAAAAUGACAGAAUAGCUUCACAGAAUUGCUUUCUUUUACCAACCACAGCUGGCCAUCUAAAAUAUUUUUCUACCUGCACUAUUGCUUAUUUUUAUUUUAUUUCUUAUCCUGCUUCUAUCUGGUUGCUUUUUUCAAAGUAUAGUUUGAAAUAAUUGAGGUAAUUCCAAGACUGGAAAGUCUAUAUCAUUUAAAGUUGAUUUUUAAGGUAUUACUCUGUGUCCAUAUUCAGAGCUUUUCAGGAAAGCAUAAGUUGUGAGGAACUAUAUUUUCAGGGAGUUGUGUGUAAGUGGGAAAAAGAAGCUUUGAUGAAAGAGAGUAUGGCACCAGUGAAACAAAUAACAUUUCAGACAUUCAUUGGCUAAUACAUUGUGCUUGCUGGGUAUAGAGGUUAAAACUCUCAUUUUAAUCUUUAUUUUUGCUCAUUGUCUUGGCCCUGUUUAUUGUUUGGGAAGAGAGUACAAUAAAAAUUUUCUGAAAAUAUUGGCUCAGGACGCGGCACCCUACACAGACACAUCCCAAUGAACCCAAUUUGGAUUGCUAAUCUAAUAUCUAAGAGCAAUAAAAUUUAUUUAUUUAUCUAUUUAGAUUGACAAAUACAUAAACUAUUUAAUCAUAGAAUCUCUAAGCAGCAUGCAUAAAGCAGCUGUAAACAAUAUACAAAUAAAAUAAUCAAAAUUUAAAUGCAGUUAUCUGCAACUCUGUUUACAUGUUCAGGCAAGCUUGCUAAAUAAAUUUUUUUAGCAGCUUCUACUGCAUGUGGCGACUUUGGUCUCUACUUUCAGUAUCACACAUUGUGACUAAAGAACUAAAGUCACUGUUAUAAGGGAUAUGGCGUUGCUGCUGUUUUUGUGCUCUUUGCUUUAUAACGCCUAUUAAAACAGAGGCAUGUGAUGAUAUCACACGGGCCUUCUCCUUGCCACCAUCUCACAUAAUUGGCUGGUAGGGGAUGAGAAUGGGGAGUUUCAGAGUGUGGUGACAUCAUAUUGCAUUUUAUUUUAUUUUGGUACUAUAUGUUGUUUGAAAACACACAGAGCAGCAGCUGCUCCUUGUCCCUCACAAUACAUUUUGUCUCAGGUCUCCCUAGUGUCUCUUGUUAUGUCUUGUUUAGACCUAAGACUAAGGUCACUGCCACACCAUACAUUUACACCACUUUAACAGGCAUAGCUCCCCGCAAAGAAUUCUGGGAGCUCCGGUAUGUUAAGAGUGAUGACCUCACAGAGCUACCAUUCCCAGCACCCUCAACAAACUACAAUUUUCAGGAUUCUCCAUGAAGUGGUGUAAGAGUGCUUUAAAUGUAUGGCAUGGAUAUAACUGAGGCCAUAUUUCUAAACUCUCUGAGGAAUGAUGACCAGACGUGUAAAUUAUUCGCUAAAGUAAUCUCUCUAAACUAAUGAAUAACUCUUGAGUAAAAUGUAUAAGGGUCACUCCUAUAUAGGCAGGGCAAAGUUUGCUCUGAAUUUCAUCUGAAUUACCCUCUAGAACUCAACAGUGUUGAAGAGCAGAGGUGGGGGCUGGGGAGUUCUUGCUUCAUUUGGUUUUGCAGAAUAGCAAACCAUCUAUUCUGUUCACGGCCAUCUUAUACAGUAAAUUUAUGUAUUUAUUCAGGGUUUCUAAGAUGCCAUUCACUUUGCCUCACAACAAGCCCCUUAUGGGUGGGUGCUUGAUCUGAGUGGCUGCAGCUUGCAGAUGGGAGAACUUAGCCAAAACUAACAAAAUAUAUUUCAAUAGGAAAAAUGUAAGGUUCUGGCUGGAAUGUGUGCAGAGGAGGAUGACCGAGAUAAUAAAAGGUCUGGAAGCUAAGCCAUAUGAGGGACAGUUGAGGGAGUUGGACAUGUUUAGCCUGGAGCAGAGAAGACUGAGAGGAGAUUUGAUAGCCAUCUUCAAAUAUCUGAAGAGCUGUCACGUGGAAGAUGGAGGAAGCUUGUUUUCUGCUUCUCCAGAGGGUAGAACUCAAACCAAUGGAUUCAUAUUACAAGAAAGGAGAUUCCAACUAAGCAUUAGGAGGAACUUUCUGGCAGUAAAAGCUGUUCAACUGUGGAACAGACUACCGUGAAAGGUGGUGUACUCUCUUUCCUUGGAGGUUUUGAGCAGAGCUUGAACGGUCAUCUGUCAGGGAUUUUUUUAGCUGUGAUUCCUGCAUUGCAGGGGAUUGGACUAGAUGAACCUUCGGGUCCAUUCCAACUUUACAUUUCUGUGAUUACUUCCUUCAGCUCACUCUGGUUUUUGGAGGGGUUGUGGGGGGAGAAGUUGGGAGGGUUCCAUUUGACGUGUGUGUGUUUGCAAAAGUAGGGGCUCUACCCUUGAUAAAGAAUACAUUUAUAACAUUUACCAUCCUCAGUCCUCUGCACUUGAACUGGCAAAGCUGAAAAACUAAAUGAAGAUCAAAAUGUGACCAGUGGCACUUCAAUUUGUGAUGACUGAGUCACACAUGGAAGAAAGUAAAAACCACUACAGCCGAUCUGCAUCCUGGACAGAAAAUUUGGUUGUCUUUCCUUAAAGGAAGAGAAUGCUUUUCUUAACAGAAAAACUGCUUGGAAGGUUAUAGUGGUUUCUGUGUUUGUGUUUUGCUUUGAUCUCUUAGACCUAUGAAAAAAGAUUGGCUUAAGAGUCCUUCCACAUGUCCAGGCAGACAAACUCUAAUAUAGCAAACUCACCCCAGUUUAUAGAAGUGACAACUACAGGCCAAUUCAUAGAGCUGCUGCCACUGAACAGAAAUUGGGUGUGGAAAAUACUUUUCCAACAUAAUCUUAAUUUCCCCUCUUAUCCCUUCAAAGGCUACACAAGAGACAAAUCAUUCCUUGCAAUGGUGGUUGAUAUUGUUCAAGAGCUAAAACAACAGAACUCCAAUUUGGUAUAUGGUAAGUUUCUAAUAUACAAAUUAUUCACUUUACAUUAUGUAGUUAGGGAGAUCUCACAGACGGAAGAUAUUGGUGGCCCUCCUGAACAUAACUCUAAAGGCUCAGGGAAGGCAAAAGUGGUUAUGGCAUUGAUAGUAUAUAAAAAAUAGAUCAUGAUAUUUAUUGUGAGUAAAUUAGUUUUGAUGUCACCAGCUGGGACAUCAGAGAAAUCUCUUAGCAGCGCUGUAGUGACAAUAAAAGGGCAUUAGCAAGUUCACAGCUCAUGGGUGUUUUGUCUGGCAACAAGAGACUGAUCUCCUCUGAUGUUACAGUGGAACUUGCUGCCUUGACUUAGCUGCUCUGAUUUCAAAGAAGCAACUGAGUGCUGGAGCAUUCGCCAGAGAGAAUUCAGAUUCAAAGGUCACUGAAUAACUUUCGUUACAUUAGCUGUUUAAGUCUUGCCUGAUAUCCUGGAGCUAUGAGACAAGACCUUGCUUGCUGGAAUCAAUAUAGGUUAACAUCGCUUUCAAACAGUUCUAAGAGGGCCUGUUCAAGUUGCUGCUGUCUGACCGUUUGGUCACUCUAGGUAUGAGAAGUGUUCUCUUCAAAUUACUGGACAGAUUCACAGCCUAUAAUCCUUCUAUCCUUUUAUGGAUCCUGUACAAACAAAGUUUUGUUUGUGUGUGUAUUUUUUUUUAGCAAAGAUCAAUUUCCUAGCAUAGGAUAAUAACAAUAUAUUGUAACUACCAUAGAGGUUUUCAAUGAGCCUGGCAUGGUUAUGAUCUCUUGGCUCUUCAUACUUAAAAGUGCUCUUAUACGGUGCCAUUAUUGCAUCUGCAUUAACAAUUUUAACUUUCUCUUUCAGUAUGCGAUCCUGUGAUGGGUGACAAGUGGAGUGGGGAAGGCUAUAUGGUUGGUAAUCAUCUCAGUCUUGGCCCAUCUUAAUGAAUAACGUUAUACCAAAAGAAACCCUAUUUCUUCAGGACAUAGAUACAGACUGGAUCAGUAUAACAGGGAAUGAAAACUCUGUCUGCAUGUGUGGAGUGUGUGGUGUGCUGGCUGCUUGAAGUGCAACUGCGUGGUGGUUACUCUGUAUGGAAAGCCAUUUACGGAAAGUAGCUUGUCUAUUGGGGACGCGGGUGGCGCUGUGGGUAAAACCUCAGCGCCUAGGCUUGCCGAUCGCAUGGUCGGUGGUUUGAAUCCUCGCGGCGGGGUGAGCUCCCGUCUUUCGGUCCCAGCUCCUGCCCACCUAGCAGUUCAAAAGCACCCUUAAGUGCAAGUAGAUAAAUAGGUACCGCUUUAUAGCGGGAAGGUAAACGGCGUUUCCGUGUGCUGCGCUGGUGCCAGCUCUCCAGAGCAGCUUCGUCACGCUGGCCACGUGACCCGGAAGUGUCUCCGGACAGCGCUGGCCCCCGGCCUCUUAAGUGAGAUGGGUGCACAACCCUAGAGUCGGACAUGACUGUCCCGUACGGGCAGGGGUACCUUUACCUUUAGCUUGUCUUAAAAAAAUAGGUGAUCCCCCCCACACCACAGCAGCCUUUCUUUCUGCUGCAGCAGAAUAGCAGAAUUUGCUGGAACUGUGUGUAGAAUUUUUUUACUAUUGACCAGGCAUAGGCAAACUCGGCCCUCCAGAUGUUUUGGGACUACAACUCCCAUCAUCCCUGACCACUGGUCCUGUUAGCUAGGGGUGAUGGGAGUUGUAGUCCCAAAACAUCUGGAGGGCCAGGUUUGCCUAUGCCUGCUAUUGACACUCAUGUGCAAAUGUUGACAAUCACAUACACAAACAUAUACACACACAUUGGGGCAUUCACAGUAUUCCUCUGGGGAUAGUCGGUAUUUUUAUUUAGAUGCCAGCAUGUAGCAAAUUUUGAGCAGUCCCUCAUAUGAAAUCUCCAAGUGCAGUAAUAGUUGUGAAUCUCUUCCUACCAGUGUGCUUAUCAAUUUCUGGUUUGAGCUGAGAAGAAGAACUGCUCAUUCAUGGAUUUGUUUUUGGGAGAUUUGAACUUUGUUAGAACAAACUGUGAAUAAUGAAGAAUCUGCUUAAGCUUUCCAAAGCCAAUAUCAUUUUUCUUAUUCUUUACAGUAUGUUCCAAAGGAUCUUCUUCCAGUUUAUAAGGACAAGGUUGUGCCUGUAGCAGACAUAAUAACACCUAAUCAGUUUGAGGCUGAGUAAGUAUUGUUUUUCUCAUAUAUUUUUAAAGAUGUAGAGAUAAAUUGUUUUCAUUAUUAUUAUUAUUAUCCUCAUUAAAAUGAUAAGUUGCAUUUUGUAAUUAAUUAAAAUUAAUAUUCAAUGCAUUCUUGACAUUUCUUGCCAUAUAUAAAAUCACGUGCUUACAAAUCUAAAUUUUGGUAAGUUUGCUAAAUUAGUUUGGCUGGGAUUGUUUAAACAACAUGGAGUACAUAUGCUGUUUGAGUCUAUCAUUUUACAGGGUCUGUUAGCUGAGAGGAUUAGAAGAUGCCAAGGGUUGAUGAGCAACAUAGAUUAACUUCUUGUAUUUGUUAGUGUGAAGGCAAACUUAUACAUUUAUCACAGUGAAUAACACCUUAGUAAGACAACAUUCAGAGCCUUUUGAUUAGAAGGCCUUGGCCAAAGAUAGUAAGAAGACUUUUAUAAAUGUCUUAUAAAUUUGAAUUAUUAAUUUAUGAUACCUUCUUGUCUUGAACUCUCCUUCGAGUACCACUGUGUCAGAAAAAGGGGCUAAAAUACCUGAAGUAAAUUAAAUGAAAUAUGAUAGCAGUGCAAAAGGGAACUCCAUGCAAACAACGUUUCUCUAUCUGUUGAACCAAGGCAGCCCAUAAAUUCACUGAACUGUAUAAAACAUGACACAGAAAUAGAUUAAAGAAUGAGAAAUAGGUUAAAGAAUGAGCCUCAAACACCAGCUGCGAAGAAAGAGGCCAGAAUUAUACUUAGGGUUUUAUAGUAGCUCAGAAGGUUGUUAGAACCUUCCUUAAAAGUUCCCUACUUGAUAGACUCUUGAGCUUCCGUAAUACUAUAUCCAAGACAAAGGAUACAACAUAGGGGCUUGUUAUACCAUGUCUCUUGUUUUAGAGGACCAGUUUGAUGGGAAGGUGUUUGAAUCUUUGUGCAAUGUGGCGUUCAUUAGUUUUAUCUUAUUUAAAGUUGGAGGAUGAUAUUCCCCAGUAAAGUGCACUAUAGAUUUUAUUGCUAAAAUUUUAAUUAGCAAAAGAUGUUUAUUUUAAAAGGACACUGGACUGUUAUUUCCUGCUUUGUAGGUUACUUACUGGGAGGAAGAUACACACUGAAAAAGAGGCUAUAGAGGUAGGUGUUCUUGAACUCUUAGAUUUCUAACUGCUCCAGUGAGAACAUUUUAACGCCUCCGUGUAAUUGCUUGUUGGUAGAUUUGUAGAAAUCACACAGAGAUGUCAAGUGUAUGGAGUGGUGCCUCCAUGUGACAGUUGUUGUAGCCCUUACCAUUGCUGUGUGAUUGUGACUGCUCAAAAAAGGGUUGUUGUGACUGCUUGUAGACAUUUGUACACUUAGUGCAGUCGGUCUGCUUCCAUGCAUUUACCACAGGUUAGUAGCACGUAAGAACUUUAAAAACAGAAGUGGACAACUUUUUUGUAUUCGGGGUUAAUUUGUGGGGUGGCUGCGUGACAAGUGUAGGUGGGACCAGAGCCAAAAGUGGGCAAGACCACCUCUUUUCUCUGCCCCCAUUCACAAACCAUGUUAAGCAAAGCCAUGGCUUAGUGCAAGAAAGCAAAUUUGUGCACUCCUGGUGAGCAGAUUGGAGCUGCUUUGCUCCUUCCUGGUCAUGAUGAUGAUGCACUUUGCUGAGCUAAGCUGUGGUUUGGCUUAGCAUGUUGUCUGAAUCCAGGCUCGUAGUUUAGCUCUCUCCAAACAAACCACAAGUGGGUUAAUGAAAUUUGGCCUAUGGAUUGCAACUUGUGGUUUGUCCAGGAGAAAAAAUCCGCAAGUCCAAGUUCAGAUGACACACUAAGCCAGGCUAUGGUUUAGCUCAGCAAAAGGCAGCUGCAAAAUGACCGAGAAAGAAGCAAACUAUGGCACACUAUGCCCAAGAAUUAACCUCAUCACUUGCACAUGGUUUUUGAAACUGGGCCCAAGGGUUGCAGGUUGCCCACAACUGUUUUACAAGUAUCAACUAGGACUCAACCAUACUUAACCAUACUUAAAGCCACAAUGUUUAGGAUUAACUAUGUCGUUGUAAAAAUGUUAAUGAUUCAGUGCUUUAUUCUGCACAUAGAGCAACUUUUUUUUGGUUUUGAGAAAUGAACUGAACACUGGAGAAAACAACACUUGCAAUUCAAAAUUGACUUUCAGCAUUGCUUUACUUUGCAGUACUGCCCCCUGGUGCUUACAUGCUGGUGCUGUGACAACAAUAGUAGGAAAUGAGAAUAAGCAUAUUCCACUUUACCUAGGGCUGCCGUACGUCCGUAAUUUCUUGGACAUAUCUGGGAUUUGCCCGUUGAAAAUGGCGCCCGGACUGAAUUUUCGUAAAUUGUUUGGGUUUCUACUUUCUGAAAUAUGGCAAUCCUGACUUUACCGUAAGGUUGAUUAAGACACUUCCCAAAGAAGAUCUUUUAGUGCAAUCAUGUCUUUGUUCAAGUCUCCUGAUUCCACAUCUUAGCUCCUGGCACUACUUUAUUUCCAAAACAAAUUCAUGGCAACCCACAAAGAAGCCCCCUUUACUUUAACCAUCAGCCACAAGAAAAAUAAUAAGCUGAACAGCUUCUAUUGCCAGCAAAGCAGGGUCUCAUGCGGCAUUCAGUAAGUGGUAUGGAAGGAGCCCUGAGUUCUUGCUCUUGGUAGUUCCCCCCUAUUAUUAAGAAGAGAAGAGAAGAUAGUUUUGUCAGUGUACUAUGGAUGCAUGGCGAGCUGUUCCUUUAGGCUUUGAUUCAUGAUGACAGAAGAAAGAGCCAGGCUGGCAUCCAGGCUGGGCAGAUUCAGUUAACGGGCACAGAAAACUGUGAUGCUAAACUAAAGUGGCAAUUGUGGAGUAUCUCUGCACAUUUAAAAAGUGUGCUGUAUAAAAAGAUAAAUCGGAAUAAUUGUGUUUUGAGAUAGAACUAUUGUUAGAGUGUAGUAACUCAUACUGCUGUGAUAAUUAUGUGUUAGAUCAAGGGUUGCUAUACGGUGGUCUGCAAUAAACACAUAAGAUGUAACCAGCUGUACUUUUGAAUAAAUAAGGUAUACUAUUCAUUGUACCAAAUGUAGAUUUCAACAGAAGUAGCUCAUAAAGUUCAACGGAAAAAGCAGAAGACCCAGUGAAUCAAUUCAUUCUGUAAUCAGUUCAUGCAUCGGUUCAUGCAUUCAGGACGGCGAAACAAGCCUAAUAUUCCAGAAAUCCUUGUCUUAGACUCUGUGAAAGGAUUCUGUGGAACUGUAACAACCUUUCAUGUGGAUUGUUGAACUUCAAGAACAGACAGGUGGAACAGACACUUUUACAGUGGUACCUCAGGUUAAGUACUUAAUUCGUUCCGGAGGUCUGUUCUUAACCUGAAACUGUUCUUAACCUGAAGCACCACUUUAACUAAUGGAGCCUCCUGCUGCACCGCCAGAGCACGAUUUCUGUUCCUAUCCUGAAGCAAAGUUCUUAACCCGAAGUACUAUUUCUGGGUUAGCAGAGUCUGUAACCUGAAGCGUAUUUAACCUGAAGCGUAUGUAACCCGAGGUACCACUGUACACAUAUGGACCUUAUGCAUGAACUGAUUACAGAAUGAACUGAUCCACUGGGUCUUCUGCUUUUUCCGUUGAACUUUAUGAGCUAAUUCUGUUGAAAUCUACAUUUGAUACAAUGAAUAGUAUACCUUAUUAAUUCAAAAGUACAGCCGGUUACGUCUUGUGUGUUUAUUGAAUAUGUUUCAUGUAACCAUAGGCUUGUUGUUGUUUUGCAAACUGGUCUGAAGCAUAUGUGUGGAUUUGUGGUUGAAGAAGGCAGGUGGUACAUCCCACACAGUAAAUAUUCAUAUUGAUUUUUAAUUGUAUUUUUAUUGAUGCUUUUAUUUCUUGUAUUGUAUUGCAAUUUGAAGUCUAUGGAAUUCACAUAACAUGCAAUAUAUAAGAAAUAAAAGAUGCAAUAGAGAUGUAAUCAAAAAUCAUACAGCAUCUGUAGCACAGCACAUUACAACUGCUACAAGAAGCAGAAAAAACAACAACCCAUAAGUGAUCCUCCAAAACCCUUGGCAAUUUUCAAGUGGUCUCUGGAGGGGGAAAAUGUUUGGGAACAACUGUGUUCCCAAACAUCCCAGUUAUGGUCACGAAUGUGUUUUCAUGACACAGUUCUGUACUGAUAUAGCUAUGGAAGUCCUAUAGAUAUAAUUUACCACUAGAUUGUAGUCUUAAAUUUCUGGUAAACACACCCUGUCUUUAAAUGGGAUAAUUGGGUACUGAAGCAUAGAUAUUCCAGCAAUCUACUGAAUGCUAUUGAUUCCUGUAAGUAAAGUCCUCUGAUGUUAAGUUUCGCUAAUUAGGUUCUGUCUAGACAAAUAUCCUGAUGCCAAGAAUAAACAGGCCCCUGAUCUUUGCAGUUUUUCUCCCAGCAAAGCCAAUUGAAUGUCAGCCCACAGAUUACACUUUUCCCUGCAUCAGAAAGCAUCUCCCGACUAUUACGGCUAUUUUUAUCCUUAUUCUCCUUUUUUUUUUAAUGCUUCUGGAGUCACCAGGGAAUACCCCUCCUGUCUUUCAUUGCUAAUUAUAAUGCUUUGUUUGCCAUUUUCAGUCUCAUUAAUGGAAGCAAGCCCAAGUUAAGUAGUCUCUGGACUGCCUGACAAGUUAAUAAGAUGCUAACUUUAGGUCUAUAGAUUUUCUAGUCACAUUCCAAAAUCUUUACUGAAGAAUUUUCUCAGUCCCAUUCUGAAAGGGAAAACAUAUCUCUUUAAACAUAAUAAAGUUUCAGCCAGGCAUAAAACAAUGUGGUUACAAUGCCAUCUCAUUAAAACACAAUCCCAUCUCAAUUAUACUGCAACACUCAAGUUAACACAGGUGUUUUUUUUUAAUUAUCUGAACACUUGUUUUGGAACAAAGAGCUGGCUGAAUCAGGCAUUAGAAAUAUUCUCAUAAAGUGAGCCCCAGCUACCCUCAGGGGCACACUGGCAUGCAAUACAUCAUGUACAACCUUGGCCUUUGUUUCCACAACCGCAAAGUUAUGAGCUGAGAACCACCUAUGCAGUAAAUCAAAGCCAAGUUUAGACUAGUUUAAUUACAGUGGCUUCCCCAAAAUAACCCUGGGAAUUUUAGUUUUGUGAAGGUUCUGAUAAAUAUUUUGUUUGGUCCCAUCUUAGCGUGGUAAAUAUGGCUCUGGGAGGCAGGAGAGCACACCUGAUACAUGCAGUAUACCCACAUGUAGUCACUGUGCAACAGCCCUGUGUCUCUUGGCACAAACAGGAUACCAAGCCCAGGCCUUCUUGUUUUCCAUGCAGAUAUCCUACUUUGUUAUCCUAGAGAAAGAAGACUGCUUUCCUUUCUUUCUGUUAGAAACAAAAAUGGACUGAGUGAAGAAGAGUUAUUUCCAAGGCAGCAAUCUUAUACCAACUUAAUUGGGAAUAAGGCUUAUUGAAAGCAAGGGGGCUUGCUUCUAAGCCAGGGGUAGUCAACCUUUUUAUACCUACCGCCCACUAAUGCAUCUUUCUUGAUGGUAAAAUUUCUUUACUGCUCUCCAGUGCUCGAUGGAAGGAGGAUUCAGCUUGUGCUGUAGAACCCCCUACCACCCACCUAGAAUCCUGAAAUGCCCACUAGUGGGCGUUAGGGACCAGGUUGACAGCCCCUGUUCUAAGCAGACAUGUAUAGAAUUGCCCAAAUUGUCAAAAGCAGCGUUACUGGAGCAGCUUGGCUUUUCGUGAGGUGGAGGGUAUUAAAAAUAGUGGCUCUCACUAAUAAAAACUUUUUAAAUGUUAAAUAUAACAUACUUGUAAGUUUGUAUUUUACAUUAGUGCCUGCCUUUUAGAGAAAUGCUGGGACUUUUAACUAUUUGUCAUUAUUCUUCAAUGAGAAUUAACUGUUUAAUAUUUUGGUCCAUGGAAAGGUAAUGGAUAUGCUCCACAAUAUGGGACCCGAGACGGUUGUAAUCACCAGCUCAGACCUCCAGGCACCUUCAGGAGAUGAUUACCUGAUAGCAUUAGGAAGCCACAGGAAAAGUAAGUUGAUUUAUUUGUUUAAGUGAGAAAGCCCUGCUUUCUCAUAUGCAUACACAUUAAAAAUACAGACCACAAUAAAGGAGAACAUUUAUUGAAAAUUAAGUUUCAUAUAUAAAUGCAGAUACAUGUAAGAAUAAAUCAAAGUUACCUUUCUUUCGAGAUAUGACUAAUACAUUUUGCAGGCACUUGUUAUUGUUGUGGUUGUUGUUGUUGUUGGCAUCGGCACCCAUCCAUCUCGAGAGACAAUGGAGUGUGCCUCUGGGGAUGAAGUCAGCUCACUGCAUUAACAGCACUGAAGUGAGCUCCCCGGGCUGCAAGCCUGGGCAGUGUGUAUGGAGUACAUGGGCUGCUCAGACGACAAGACCCCCCUCUCGGCCUAGCUGGUGUGGUCCAAAGGAAAGGACCACAAUUGGCCUUGUCUGCUCAAUUUGCAAGAGCCUUCCUUCACAUGUAGGGGAAGUCACUUGUAGACACUUGUAUUUGGCGCAUGGUUGCUAUGUUGCCCACCUAUGAGUUAACCUCAGAUUCCUGUUUGAUUACAUUAAACUGAGAAGAAUAUAAAUAUGAGCCUUCCUUGACAGCUUCACAAGAUGGGACCACAGUGACACAGAGGAUCCGAAUGGAGUCUCCUAAAGUAGAUGCUGUCUUCGUUGGUACGGGAGACCUGUUUGCUGCCAUGCUCUUGGCCUGGACCCACAAGCAUCCAGACAAUCUAAAAGUAUGGACAGACACUUUCCCCAGUUUUCCUUCCUGCCUCAAUGACAGAAAAAAUAUUCUCAUUUCUUUACUUUAAAUUCUUAGUAUGUAAAUUUGUAAAUGAAGACGACAGGAUAAGGAAACGAGGCCAUAUAAAGCAACAGAGGAUGAAUGCCCUUGUUCAGAUGUAUCAGUAAACCAUAGGUUAGUGGUAUGAGAAUGAGCAUGUGAUAGUGUUGGCUUCAUGCACUUCCAGUGUCAAAUUAUACACCUGUCUACUGCAUCAGUGCUGGUUAUGCUGCUGGGUGCUAGUUCCUAGGUGGAGUAAGGGCUAUGGAAACCUGCAAGAUCAGCUUGAACAGAGGCUAUGAAGUGUCAAAAUAAAACAAAAAGGUGCAUACAAGUUAAAAUACUCUCCACGUUGAAGGUUUUUGGGCAGUAGGGUUGGAAAAUACUGGUGCUUGACACUUUGGAAGGUUGCUACAAGUCAGAAUAGGCAAUACUGAGGUGGGAGUGGUUGUAGAUGAACUGAUAGGUUGAUUUGGUAUAAGGCAACAGCAUCAUAUGUUUGCACAUACCAUGAGCAACUAUAGCUUUCUGAGGUAUUGUCUCAAAAUUUCUGAAAAAGCAAGAGAAUACCAUGUUAAAAUAUUUUAUGUAUUAAAUGCUGACGCCCAGAAUAUCUGUAUUGUGUUAUAUACCACUCUGUCUUCAAGCUUUCAUUUCGGGGAAUAAUAGAAUAUAACGUGCCAAAGGCUUUGUUUAGAAAUCAAGCCUGCUACCUACAACUCGGUUUCUCCUGCAUAUUCCUAGUGAAAUUGCAUUUAAAUUUGAUGUUUCUCCCCAUGGGCACAUAUUUCAAAGAAAACAGCUCCAACAAAUUGUCUUCGGUGUCAGUAAAGCAGUAGUGCUACUGGCCUGAGUCAAUAAAGUGCCAGUGAAACUGAAAUAUGUUCCUUCUAAUUGCAGGUGGCAUGUGAAAAGACAGUGUCAGCCAUGCAGCAUGUUUUGCAGAGAACCAUAACGUGUGCAAAAGGUAACCUAUUUACACCAUGCUUCUGAAUUCAUUCAUUUACCAUUACUGGAAAAUACAUAUUAGGGAAGGGGCAUAGCGAAGUAGUACAGCCCAUAUACAAUUCAGUUGAGUUUGGUAUGAACAUGAUUUUAAAUUGACCAUCUAUUACUCCUUUAAUUUCAUGCAGUGGCUCAAUGCUUACAAAUUAAGGGGCAAAUAAGGAGCAAUACUUACAAAUUCCACUCUGUAAAUCUCCCAGGUGAGAGCUGGGAGGGUCCACCCCCUUUUGUGUGAGAUAAGGGUUAAAAUCUACCCAUGACAGAGAGCUCUGUAUUUUAUUUUCUCUCUCUCUCUCUCUCUCUCUCUCUCCUCUUCUAUUUUCUCUUUUUGUUUUUUGUUUUUCUUUCUCGUUUUCUUUCUUUUUUGUUUUCCUUUUCCCUUUCUUCUUUAUUUUUAUUUAGUUUAGUUUGGUGGUGUUUAUUGCAUUGUACGUUGUAAAGUUUCAAUAAAAAAUUAUAUAUAAAAACAAAUUCCACUCUGUAAAACAAUGCUACACAGAUCAUGCACAUCAAUUAAUAUUUUGAAUUGUGCUCUAUUAUAAUCAGCUUUAAUGCAAUUUGUGUUGAAUGUAAUUGUGUAUGACCAAAAGGAAGGGCCUUAUUUACACUUCGGGGUUGGGAAAACUAUUCUGAGGGCGGGCGGGCAUGAAAGAUGCUAAUAAAAUUAUGCGUGGUUUAGAGCAGCUGUGGCCAACAUAAUACCGUCUAGAUAGUUUGACUACAACUCCAAUCACCCCAAGCCAGCAUCACCAAGAGUCAAGGAUCAUGGGGGGUUGUACAUCUGGAAGGCACCACAUUGGCUUAGAGACGGCAAAUAUAAACCCUGUAUUUUUCCCUCAGGGAGUCAUCCAGUGAAAUAGUGAUGGCCACCAACUCAGAUGACUUUAAGAGAGGGUUAGACAAAUUCAUGGGGGAUAAAGCUAUCAGUGGCUACUACCCAUUAUGGUUGUGUUCUACCUCCAUUGUUGAAGGCAGCAUGCGUCUAAAUGCCAGUUGCUGGGAGGCCCAGCAGAGUGUGCUGUUUGUCAGGUCCUGCUUGUGAGCUUCUGGGGAGCCACUGAGAGAUUCUAGACUAGAUGUGCCAGUGGCCUGAUCCAGCAGCUCUCCUGGUCCACGACUCCUAGAAUCCUUGAUCCUUAUCCAUUGUGACUGGGGCUGUUGGGAGUUGAAGGCUAUCAGCAUCUGAAGGGCCACAGGUUCUCCAUCCUCAAGAUAACAAAAAAUUAAGGAGUGUGCUGCCCAAGAUGGCUUGGACGGCUUUUAAUACCAGCUAAGUUGUACUUUGUGUUCAGAGGCCGUAUUCUGCUGGGAAAUAAACAGUGGGGGCAUGUUGUUUUAUUGCUUGUGGGCUUCCCAAAGGCAUCUGGCUGGUCAAUGAGGAGAACAAAGGGCUGCAUGAGAUGGACCUUUGGUCUGAUCUUGCAGUGCUCUUGUUGCAUCCUGAAUUGCAGUAGAGCUGAGAUUCAAGCAUAUUGAUUUGGGGGUCGGCGGGAAGGAGUGAAGGGCUGGGAGGGACAAGUUUUUCUUCUGGGCUGCUUUUGUUAAAAUUAAACACCUGUGGCAUUUCAGUCUCUUUGUUGCUUUUGUUUUUAAGCCCAAGCUGGAGAAGGAAACAAACCCAAUUCAGCCCAGCUGGAACUGCGGAUGGUCCAAAGCAAAAAGGACAUAGAAAACCCAGAGAUAAUAAUAAAAGCUACUGUGUUAUAAAGGUUGUAUAUCUCCUAACAACGCACAAUGUAUUGAUGUCCUCAUUUUCUUUCCUGUAAAUUGUAAUGUUUGCCUUAGAUCUGUGACAGAAACCUGACUUCCAUGAAAUAGUGCCCAGCAUAGAUGAGAUCCACUACCAAGCACAUGUGCUGGCCUUGCUCGAAUUAAGAAGAAUGAAAAAAGCUAGGUGUAUAUUGCAACUCCCUCCCAGGUAUGAAGAUGGCUGUCAGAUCAAUUCAGUCUUGUUGGGAACCCUGGGUUUGGGAGCACAAGGUUUCUUGCCUUGCCAAAGACUUUCAGAAUGCAUUUGUUAGUGGAAUGAUUGUCUGGAGUGUAUAAACUGUGGUAAAGCAUCUUGUGCCAAUUGAGCAGGUUACCUCUCCUCUUAAAUGCAGUGGUUUGGCAGCCUGCUUCAAUGUUCAGUACCUCAAAAAGUAGAGAGAGAUUCAGGCCAGGUGUGGAGAGGGGUCUGCAGAUGGUUAGCUUUUAGGUUCUCUGUCUGUACAGCCCUUGGAAGUAUAAGAAUGUGUUGUUGAGAACAGCUCCCAUGUCUGGUCUGUGAAAAAUUGCAAGACUCCACUAUCCAGAGGUGCUAACCCUUUAAUAUUAAGCAACCAAAAGUCGUCAGGUUUUUUGUUUGGUUUUGUUUUCUUUCCCCCUUCUUUCUCUCCACAAAAAAUACAGAUGAGUAAAAGACAAUGGUGGUUCUACCUCUGAUAGAAUACACUUGACACAAUUUUAUCAAAAGACUCACAAGAUGCAAGUUUCCUUAAUAAGUACUUCUUAUGAAACCUGAAUAUCCCAUUUCAUCUUGUAAUGGCUAGGAGGGGAGUGAAAGUCUUUGUUGUUUGUUGAGACCAAUUCACUGUUUUUGAUCACUGGUUAGCGUGCUCCUGCUUCUGGAAUGGAUGAUAAAAAAAAGACUGUAUAAUCAAUAGGUUUCUCCAGACAUCCACAUCCACCAAAGGCACUACACACCAACCACUGCUGUUAUACAACCUCCAUGCCUUUCAACGACACUUAGGCAGGAAUCUCAUGCAAGCCUGAUAGAAAUGAAUAUAGGUUGCACCGUAGACGUUUGGGAGGCAUUUUACCCAUAUUAUUUAUCAAUGCAACGCCCAAACCUUCAGGAAUUUUACAGGAGUUAUUGUUAAAUUUUAACUUGAAAAAAUAAUGACGGUCUGGAUGCUCCAGUGAGCAUGUCUGAAUACCUUGGGAAUCAACACAGAGUGCUAGAUUCUGUUACAUGCAAUAAUCUCUUAAAGUUAUUAAAACAAUUGCAGUUCCUCUUACUUGUUGAUAAUUUAAUAGUGCCAGGACUAAGCAUAUUAAUUCAACUUAGAAUUUUAAACCUGUUUUCCUGUUUCUCUUCUCUCUGUCUCUCUGUUCCCCACCCCCAGAAGAAUUAUGGAUAAAUUGACAUUUGUACUCUUUGUUUUAUUUCUUGUUAUUUUCUUGAGAUAAAACAGGGUAUUGAAGCAAUCCAUGGCACUUUGUAAAACACUUGUUGCAGUGUUACUUCCUCUUUCCUUGCAAAUGGCCAGGGUACUUUUCUCCUAAUUUUUAUUAGAACAUCCUUUUCUCUGGAUCUCUCUGGAAAACAGGAUUUCUGCAAAAGUGCUGCCAUUAACAGGAGUGCUGCUUGAGUCUUAAAGCUCCAUUGUGCAAACUGUUGUUUGCUGUUGUUAAAAAUCAGCUUUAAAUUACUUUAUUGCAUUGUUUUAAAUUUCUUAGAUGCCUUCUACUAAAAAUGGUCUUGAGGUGAUCUACAAUAUAACAUACAAACAAUAUAGAAAUAUACAAGAACUAAAAACAGGGGUAACAGCAACCAACAAAUUAUUCAAUACAAUUCAAAAAGCAACACCAGCCUUGCCCCCACUACCAUAGCGCCCCCAAAGAAACAUGUUCAUAAUUGUCACUAAGCAAACCAAUUUAAAUGUCUAGCUGUUCAUAAGAAUGUUACAUUAAGAGUCAUAUGCCUAGUGCCAAAACAAUGUUUAUGUUGGUUCAAGGUAGGCCUUGAUGGGGACAACAUUCUAAAAAUGAGGGGCUGCAAUUGAAACAUUUCAGCUUUUUCAUUCAUUUAAAAUACCCAUUUGUCUAAUCAUUGUGGUUGUAGAUAUAAGCUUGUUGAUAACUUAUUUCCACUGUGGUCCCCAGUGUCACACAAGUUCCCCACCCUUCCCGGUAUCAGGGAUAGGACAAUGUAUGGCCUGCCAAGGUUUUUCUCAAUAAAAGCUUCUCCCGCCAGCCUCAGAUGAGCACGACAGCAACAUGGGGGCAUAGUCACAGGAAGGUAGUGAAACUCAUCAGACCAGCUAAACUAUGAGUGGGGAACCUUUGGCUCUCCAGACGUUACUGAACUGCAUCUCCCAUCAACCCUAGCAGGCAUGACCAAAGGUCAGGAAUAAUGGGAGUUGUAGUUCAGCAACAUCUCAGAGGCCAAACAUUACGCACACAUGAGCUGAAGUUUACAAAAGCUUUACAUUGCAUACACAUUGCCUGCAGACUUCAAAGUAUGAAUUAAAUUAGGAAUUGCUGUUUUUCAGAACAUAUAUUGACCCAGCAUUCCCUACAAAUUCCAGCCACAGCCUUCCAUCAUAGAUUCAUAGCACCCUAAGUAUCCCUAAGAGAUCUUUUGGAACUACUGCAUCGCAUCCUUGGAGUGCUUUCCUAAUAUAUUUUUUCCUGGUCUCUAUUAGUUUUUGAAGCUGUGUUUGCUUCUCUUACCACAAAACGGUUAUAUAGGAAGCUUUGGAAUGGCACCAUUCAUUCAUUCAUUCAUUCACUCACUCACUCACUCAUUCAUCCAAUAACUGAGGGUGCUUCAUAUAUUAUACAGAAGUGAGAUGAGAAAGAGCAUGAGUGGCGGCUCAUCUCACCUUGGAAGAGUACCCAUUUCAGAAAGCAUGAAAAGGCAAAACACAAGAGUUUCCUAUACUGUCUUCCCUCUACUUCUGCGCAACAUCCAAAUAUGCCCUGAAUGGACUGGCUGCCAUGGGAAAUAAUACCUGGGUUUCUUUAGCAGAACCAACAAUGCUUGAUGUAUGUCUAAGCCUUACAUCAAGCUGAGGUUUUGCUUUUUCACAGUGUUUACAGUUAGUUUCAGGGCUCAGUCCCCAACCCUUUUCCUUACUUUUAGCAAAUCUGAAGGGAAAUUUCAUGUAACUAAUUACUGGAUGUUCCUGUUACUCCUUUUAGUCACCACUGUUGUGAAAUUGCCUUUUAUAAAUUAAAAAAGGGUAGUUUUAAUUGCAUGAGAUUCUUGCCCUUUCUCAUGCUGACAGAGCCAAAGUAGGCUCUUAGGUUAACAGCUACAAACCAGUAAUCAUUUUCCUAUUCUUAUACAACAAUAUACACUGUCCUGUAUUGAUAACGACAUUCAAGACAAUUUUCAGGUUGGAGGGAUAUAGUUGUUGAGCAAAACGUAGCUGCGUGGAGAGACAACUUCUAAAGCACAAAUACAUUUUAACCAUUAACCCCAUCUGAUCACAGAACACUCAAAGGAUUAAAGUUUCUUUUUGAGUACAACAUUCCAUGUUAACAUCUCCAGCAGCUUAAGGAAGCUUGCAAAUUAACAGUCAUGAUCAGUCCUGGCCUUCUCUGUACUUGGUGGGUUUGUUACUGGUAAAACAUUAAAUUUAUAGCAAUAAAAUAUUCAUACACUUUUUUCAUACAAGACAUAAAGAAUCUUGAAAACUACCCAUUGCUAUAUAGAUCUGCUGUAAGUUGAGCCUUCCUGGUAUGUGAGUUAAUUAAGAUUCUACAAAAUCCACAUAAUACUGUCUUUGUCCCUCUUCAAUGUAUUGGGGCUAUUAGACAUUCAUUAAAAUUGCAGCACUUGAUUUCCAUAGAUAAAUGAGGCUAAGUAGUUUCAUUAGGUAUGCUACUACUGCUACUAUUGUUGAGGUGAAUUUUGAUUUAAUGUGGGAUUUUCAUAUAUGAAACUUUCCCACAUACUUUCCCCAUAGAACACUGAACAAGCCAAUAUGAACUGUGAUUUUAGUCAGGAAUCCAGAGAAAGGGAAACUCUUUAUCCCUCCCAAUUUUCAACUUAAUUUCUAGCAUACGCAGGACAAAUUGCACAUCAAAAAAGCACAAGUAAAAAUACUAAUUUUUAGUGAGAUUUUUAGAGAAAAUAUUAUUCAUAUUAGGUCUUGAUUCUACUCAGAUUAAUUUACAGCACUCCCUUAUUUUAAGUAAGUCUUAUGCUGCAAACAUGUUAGAACUUGAUUCCAGUAUUCUAAGGCUUAUCAGGAAAAUCACUGGGGGAAAAGCAUUUUUAAAAAUCUCAAUAGGCUAUUGCAGGCUAUUUUUAAUUGCUGCAGUUUUUGGAGACAUUUCUCUUUAAUAUGGUUUGGGCAGCAUUUAUUUCUUGUCAUGUCAUAAUUUCACAGCCCUUGAAAAAACGUAAGCAAUACUCCGCAUAAACCUAGCAAAAACCAUGUCGGAUCAGUUUUCUUUUAUUUUUCUUUUCUUUUAGCUGUAACAGACACCCAAGGUUUCCAAUGAUUUUUUUGGAAUUAGAUGCAGAUGGAACAGCUAUUAAAUAUUCUACUUCACCCUUUUAUACUUUGGAACAUAUAUUUAAAGGAGUGAGCAUCUCGUAAGGGUCAUGUCCUAUUUACAGAUCCACCCAUAGGGAGCCUUACCCUCCAGAAAGAACUGCAGCACAUGAACCUAUCAGCUGGCGCCCUUACUGAUGCCACCUGAGCCUUUCCCUCAAUAGGGUGCCAGCCAAUACAAUCCCUGCAGAUGUGAGACCCUAUCCUCUGCACCAGUGUAUCAGCUUCUGUAGCGGAUAAGUUAUGUAGAGAGAAAGAGCUGAUAGUCAGAGAUCAGAUCCCUUUGGCCAUUGUCUUUCUCUAGAGCAAUGAGAUAGAUCUGGAGAGAGGCGAAGUCUUUCUAUAGCCAUAGGUCAGAGGUGGCCAACAUGGUACCCUUCAGAUGUUGCACCGCAAUUCCCAUUACCCUGAUCAUUGGCCAUGCUGGCUGGAGUGGAUGGGAGCAAAAGUGCUAAACAUCUGGAGAGCACCAAGUUCACCACCCCUGCCUAGCGAAACUCGAAUGAAGCUACCGUAUUUUUCGCUCUAUAACACGCACCCGACCAUAACACGCACGUAGGAGGAAAAUCCGUAGGCAUGCCACCCGUAGGCAUUCCCUCCAUAACACGCACAGACAUUUCCCCUUACUUUUUAGGAGGAAAAAAGUGAGUUAUGGUGCAAAAAAUACGGUAAUUCUCUCUGCCAUAACCACUUAAGCUGCUUUUUUUGAGAGGAUCUGGAAUUCUUCCUUCCACCAACCCCCAUAUAUAGGGUAGACCGGGACUAGCUCGCCCAGAGAAUCAGACUGAAAGUAAAGAAGAUGAGCUUAAAGCAAAUCAGCAUGUGUCUCUAAUAGUCCCAGAGGCACAAGUUAAGUAAAUACUGCAGCUGUUUUUAUGAUUGUCUUCAACUGGAAAGCUGGUGUUUUCAUCUACUGUUGCUAAUUUGUGUUUAAUUCCACUUUUUGUAAAGAUUUCUCAAUGUACCCGUGCAGCUAUUUUUCUUAUUGUGGUUUCAGUUCUUUGUGAAGCAUCGGGGCUAACAAGAUCUUAUGUGCAAGUACAUGUGAUAGAGCUCUGAAGCUUUCUUUUUUUUCAAAAAAAGACAAAUGGCUUCGUGAGGCAAUGGUUUUGAGCAUAAAAAUGAUGGGCAGGGGAAGGGAUUAAGCACUCCCUCCACUACUUCACUUAAAGCCUCCCUCUUCCAAAUCUGUUCUUUAAAAUGUACGGCAUCAGGAAUCUGUUACGUGCAUUUGCACAUAACCUUUAAUUAGUCCCUCAGCAGGACCAAAACUCAUGUAAAAUGAAGCAUCUCACAAGCUUAAAUCUAGCUUUUAUGUACCCAUAAUACUUUGACUUCCUUGCACCUAACGACAUUUAGAAAAGUAAAUAGAAACUGUCAUUUGUGAAAUCUUACUUUUAAAUGUGCUUUUAAGAAGCAUAUGUAUUAAAAUUUGCUAUGUUUUAGAUGUUUAUUUGCCAAAUUGCAUUCAAUAUGCAAGAGAUCUGUGAUCAGCGCAAUAUUUAAAAAACGAAUUAAGAGGACCAAGAUUUCUAGCUAAAGAUACUGCCUUGUUAAGAGUAACCUUAUACGUAUCUUGAUUGGAUGGUGUUAAUUCAUUGUCUGUCUGGUACUGUUGCAGUGAUUGUACUAGUCUCAAUUUACAAUAUGUGGCAAGAAAGAUUGUAAUAAAGCUAUAUAUGUUUAAUAACACUGUGCAUAAUUAUUGUUAGAUUCUGUUUUGGAUAUGUUUAGCCAUUUCAUAAUUAAUCAGAACAUGAAUAGUUUGAUAGUGUUGCUGAAUCAGGUGGCCUUUUAUUAAGUUUCCAUCCCAUAUUUUAAAAUGUGAACCAUUGUUGAUUCAGGGGCAGGGCCCACAGACAGUAUAUCCAAGGGGGAAGCAAGGUAAAGCCACUGGAAGCACAGAAUGAGAGGGUCCAUGCAGAUGGCCAAACUACCCUUUAAUGAGCACUUUUGCUUCAAUGCAGUGUGGUCAUCUGUAUCAUGCAUUCAGGUGAUGAGGAGGAUCUUAAUGCACAUCUACAGGUAAAAUGUCUGGUAGACUACGCAGUGAAAUGAUCACCAGUAUGCAUGCCAGAAAGAAACGCUGAGAGGUCUUACUGAAAAACUAGAUGUUAACUCUUACUGUCAAAUGUAAGAUGGGACUUCAUAGUUUGCCAUACCCCUUAGGUAACAGGAUUUGACUCUUCCUCUGCUUGUGAGAGUUAGAGUUACUAAUUUGUUGACUGAGAAAAAGAUGUCAGGUCCCUUCAUCCCAACAGGAGUCCAGAGCUCAUAGCUUUUCAUGCCUGGAUAGGUGACUAAUCUGAGCUUGAUACUACAUCAAAUGCCUUUGUUUUGUAUUCUGUGCCAGGAUAGUUGGUGAGGAAGUGUGUUGAUGGUGCUGGACUUAAAGGAUUGGGUUGUGUAAAUGGAUUAUUUAUUCCAUCUUUGGGCUGCUUGUAGAAAUAUCUCUGCUUGGGAGAGCUAGGACCCUCCAGUGAAGAGAGAGUAUUAGAGCCAGCAACAACCACCAAUUCAGAGAAUCCUGACAGCCGCCCCAUUUUCUCAGUAGUCCCCCUGCCCUUUGGGUCUUGGACCUUAAAUAUGGUAGGGCAUGCAUAUUCUGCUGGCUCUGUACAUGGAUAUAUUUUUUCCCUCUCCAAAGAGACCCUAAUUACAUACUUUAUCCCCUGAUCCAAUCUCUCUUUGAACCAUUCAGGUCUUCAUAAGGCAGUCUGACUUUGAAUGUUGAAGAAGCGCAUUGCUGAACUAGGUUCUGCACUGCCCCAGUAAACAGAUUGUGCAGCUGAUAGAGCAGUUGUAUGGCAUGAGCAGCAGAAUUCCAGCCUAAUUGGAGUGCUGAUGAAGUUCCUCUCUUAAGGAUUCUACUUAUGCAAGUGCAUUUGUGCCUUGGUAACUUCUGAGACAUUUAGGAGGCAAAAUUAAGUGAUCUUGUGAAAACGUAAGAACAGGGUCUUCAAAAAUCAUGCCUAUUGAGGAACUGGUAAGAUGCAGAACAGAAGAAACAAAUUGUUCACUUGUUUCCUUUGAAUUAAAAAGAAUCUGCUCAGAAGGGUAGAAAAUGUUGGCUUUUUAGUCAUCCCACUCCUUCCAUGCAGUUUUCCAAAAUUCCACUUCCAGAGCCAUACAAAACAGCUGCUAUCCAUGCAACUGAAAUAUAGUAUUCCAAGCUUGCUGGUCUUGGGCAUGUACGUUUCUGAGCAAGGAUGCAUUCUUGAACAGGAGACUUCUGUUAAAAACAAUAGUUUGGUUGCAGAAAAAUAUAAUAAAGGAAGCACACUGAAAGCAUUUCUAACCUUAAACAGACUAUGCCAUAUAAGAAGUGGAAAUGACAUGCAUUAUUUACAUACUGCCUUUUCAUUGCAUUGCUACUUAGAAUAAUAAUUGUGUCUAGGAGAAUGUGGCAUGUGUACUCUGUAUCUGUAUGUAUUGAAGUUCUAGCUACAGCGGGGUAGAAGUAGAAUAUGAGGGCUGGCAGUGCAGGCCUUCAGAAAGGGAAAUAAAAUAUAUAUAUAUUUUUAUAGACUGUAAUAUGAUUUCAAGUCUCAGCUGCGCCACAUCAGCCUCUUCCAGGAAUGUAAAUCUGCAAGAUUGGCUAGAAGAGGGUGGCUGUAGAAACGAGAAAGGUAGCUCAGUCAAUCCCAACAGCCCAAGAUGGAUUUAAUUAAUAUAUAAAGAUGCCUUUGAAAUAUAUUUUUAGCUCUAAAAUAUUAAAUGGAUAAAUAUUUACAAGCAAACUUUAUAUGUAUUUGACAUUUGUGUAGUGCUUUGUAUUGAAGAAACUGAUCUGUUAUAUGUUUAUACCUCUUAUUAAUUGUUCUUGAGUUGUAGGGACAAAGAGUAGAUAACUUGUUUAUAUGCCAGAAAAAUAAUAAUAAUAAUACGUGAUGUGUAACUGUGUCUAAUGUUAGUGGCCACAAUCCCAAUGAAAAUGUUGUUUGUAUACUUUCUGGUUUGCCACAUGUGACUUUUAUCCAUUUUGUAGUAACGUUUACAUGCUAAAAUAUGUAGGAAGAUGAUAAUAAAGUCAAUGAACUACCU